UUUCAAUUUGGGCUGUCACGAAAUCAGAUAUAAUGAUUAUAGAAUAUCACGAUAACAAUAAUAUGACAUGAUUUAUGCAAAACUUGAAAACUGGAGAAAAUUAAGACAGACAACGAUGAGAGAAAACCCACAGAACUUUAUGAUCUAUCUACAUUAUCGACCCUGAAACACCCACCAGAUAAUUCAUUCAUUUUUGCUGGCAGUAACCAAUCAUAAUCCUCUUUUUAGAAGUCAGUCCAAACAUCUGCGUUUACAGUGUUCACUGGUUUAAAAGCUGUUUGUUCAAAUGCUGCAAAUUGUUGUUAAUAUCGUCUUACUCAAACAUGGCUGACUGACGGGGAACAUUAUACAAGUCUGUGACGCAAAUAUCCUCAGAUCUGGAACCCAUUAAAAAAACGUUGAAUUCGGAAUUUAUUUUCAGUCGCCUAAAACCUUGUUUUGGUAUAAAUGAACACUUGAAAACACAAUGAUAGCUACCAGUUUUUUUGUUUUGUUGGUUUUGUUUAUAAACAUCUCCACCUUUCGUGUCGCAUGGUUUCAGGACGAUCACUGUGUCUCUCCAUCUUCCAUCCCUCUGGCACCGGGGUUGUAAGUAGGGUUGGGUAUUGUUUGAUUUUGAAUGACUCCGGUUCCGAUUCCGAUUCCUCAUUUUGAUACAGGAUAUUUAAAAAAUGCAUGGUUUAAAUGAGGGUGCUAACUGGAGUUCUUCUUUUUGGAUGAAAUUUCUGAACUUCUCCAUGAAUUUUUAAAUUAUAUGAACUUUUUGAGAACUUUUCUAUGAAUUUCUCACAUUUUCAACCAGUAUAUAAACAUCAAUUUUUGUUGUCAGGUUGUUUAUCUACCAAAAAGUACGAGGGCUAACGUUAGUUGGAUAUUUGAGUUGACCCACUGUACAUGGAACAAUAAGUAAUUUAUUGUUUCACUUUUCUGGUUCUGGCUAGUUAGCGGAAGACCAGUGAAGCGCAUCAAAGAUGGGCACUUGGGUAUUUCUCCUCCAUGAAUCCUGAGUUGUUCAAUCAUGCUUAAUCGUCUCAUACGCUUCAUCCUCGUUGGUGUUCGGCGGCUUCUUCUUCGUUGGUGUUCAGUGGCUAUUUCUUCCGUUUGGUGGACUCCGGCAUCGAAACUUGGCAAUCGAAAUUUUAAAAUUUGAACAGUUCCGGGAGAAUCGGAAUGUUAGUCCCGAUCCCCAUCGAUGCUCGAGACUUGAUGCCCAACCAUAGUUGUAAGAGACAGCAUGUGGGGUACAGAUACUAGGGAUGUCCUGAUCUGAUAUUGAUAUCGGAUAUCUGUCCAAUAUCAGCAAAAAACAAAUAUCGGAUGUCACAACAACAGAAUCACAACAAAAUCACAACAACAAUGUGUACCAAGGUACCAACAAAGUAGCAAGGAGUAGAAGUGAUGUCGGCUGUGUGGCAGAAUUUUUCGUCAAAGUUUGGUAAAGACGUUGCAACUGAGUGCAAAACUUGUCACCCACAGGUUUGUGCCAAUAUCGGAUCAAUGUCGGAAUCAGCCGAUACUGAAGACUACAAUAUUGGUAUCGUAUCGGAGGUAAAAAAGUUGUAUUGGGACAUCCUGAACAGAUACUGUACAGGCAAGUGGCACCACCACGAUUCUGAACAAAUAUUGGGGUACAAAAAUCUGGUUAAUCUCGUAAACCUGUUGUGGUCUCCUGUCUGAACAGAUCUGGUUUAAAUCCAGAUAUUAUAAAACUUCCGUGAACAUUCUGACUAAAAUUAAUCCGAUUAUUGAAUCUCGCUUCAGGGAUCAAUGAAGUUCCUCUUCUCUUAUCUUCUUCUGGUUAAUCUUUCUCUUUCAAGAGUCUAAAUCUAAGACGUUCUGACUGUUCUGAUGUUAUCUGAGAUUUUGAGUAAACUUUACUUCCAGCUGCUCACGCCCACAAUCGCAGCACAGUACUCACACACGCUGACCUGGCAGCAGCCCGCGAUCGUCCCUCGACUCACGCGCACGAUAUUUCAUGUAAUGCUUAGUCUGAACUUUUAACUCCCUCCGCCGUUGCGUUUCCUCACCACCUCGACACAAUCGCACACGUGCUCGGAGAUAAGCUGCAGGGCUGGGUGGACAGCUGCGGCGUCGGGGGGAAACACACACAUCUGGAGAAAUGCUUGUUGUGUUGUGAGGAGGGUGGCUGCCAGAAAGAGAGGGAGGAGAUGGAAAAAGACAAAGAGCGACGACAUAUGUUUAUAGGAGGAGAGUUUCAUCAGAGUAUCAUGGGAAUAAAUUACUUUAAUUACUUAAACUGGCCUGUUACCUCUCCUAAAGGUCACUUUUAAUGAACGGUUUGUGCUUAAUUAUGAAAAAGAGAGAAUAACUUAAAGCUUGAGUGAGGAACUUUACCAAUCUUUACUUUCCUUGAACUCUACCUGCUCGAGAACACAAAAAAAAUAUCAGUGCAACUCCAUUUUUAUCAGGAAACUGGCUUUGUUAAAAGUUGAGAAAAACAGAAUUUGAUGGUUUCCUCAGCCUUUCAACUCCAACUACGAUUGAAAGAGGAGCCAAAUUCAACAAAACAAACAUGAAACUGAAAAAAUCUGCUCGUGUGUAAACUCGAUGCCAGCAGCGAAACUUCGAAAUGGCUGAAUGAUGUGAAAUGUUUACUCCUCUUUUUAAAACAAUCAAAACAAAUGUCAAAGUCUGAGUUAUGAGACCGCAGGACAGAUUUUUAUUCUCUCAGUCCGCCUUAAAUAAGCCAAAAAGAGAGCCCUGGAUCAGGUUUACAUGUGGUUUCCUCUUUGCAUAAUACAGUUUAACAGAGGUGGGGGAAAGUCCUUAUGUUGCAAGUCCAAGUCGAGUCUCAAGUCCUUUGCUCUCAAGUCUUGAGUCAAGUCCAAGUCAACACAGACAAGUCCCAAGUCAAGUUCAAGUCAAGUCUCAAGUCUUUGUUCUCAAGUCCCAAGUCAAAUCCAAGUCCUUUGCUCUCAAGUCUCGAGUCAAGUCCAAGUCAACACAGACAAGUCCCAAGUCAAGUCCAAGUCAACACAGACAAGUCCCCAGUCAAGUCCAAGUCCUUUGCUCUCAAGUCUCGAGUCAAGUCCAAGUCAACACAGACAAGUCUUAAGUCAAGUCCAAGUCAACACAGACAAGUCCCAAGUCAAGUCCAAGUCAACACAGACAAGUCCCCAGUCAAGUCCAAGUCCUUUGCUCUCAAGUCCCAAGUCAAGUCCAAGUCCUGAACUUUUUGUUUCGAGUCCCGACCAAGUCCUAGGAAUUUUGCUUCAAGUCCCAACCAAGUCCUUACCGUUUCUUUCAAGUCAAAAACAAGUGCAACUCGUGGAAACAGGCGGGCAAUACUAGCGAGCGAUUUAUGUUCAGUCCUCCCGGUGUUGUCGUUAUGAGGGAGGCUAGAGUUUGAGACAGUGUUGCCAAGUUUCGUGAGAGAAAUAAGGAAACAGACCUCCAGAAACAAGACAAAAACAAGCAGACUUGGCAACACAACACGGUGUUACCAACGGCCGUAAUUCCUGACUAUUAGUUGAUGCGACACUUUUUAAAGGGUUUGGGCUGUAAGGUAUUAAGUGACUUGAAAAGACUUGACUUGACUUUUCAAGUCACUGGGCUCAAGUCAAGUCAAGUCUCAAUUCUUUAGCAAUCAAGUCCCAAGCGAGUCCAAGUCGUUUCUUGAUUUCAUCAAGCGAGUCAAAAAGGGGACUCAAGUCCAAGUCGAGUCUCGAGUCGAGUCGUCGAGCCCCCACCUCUGCAGUUUAAACCUUCAUUUGUAACUGGAAGGACUAAUUCUGCUCACAGACUGUGGAUUUUUAAAGCCAUGCGGUGAUUUCCACUUCAGAGUCAUGUCUGAUUUUAACGCAGAAGAGCUAUUUGAUUUUGUUUUUACAAUUUUGUAGAUUAAAUACGUCUUUAAAUUGAUCAAAUUCAUCACAAGUUGACCGACACUCCCCUUGGAUGUGGUUGUUUCUUGGGUUUUUUCUCUCUUUCCGACAGCGGACUAACUGCAAACACGACUGCGACAUUUAAAAAGAUGAUAAGUUGGAAUAUUUUAUGGAGUUUAUACACUUUUUCACCCCCUCAGGAGAUCGAAUCAAACUCUACUUUCUAACAGGAGUCCUGCUAGUCAGGACUGAAGGGUAAAAACAGCGGGAAUCAUUUAGAGCAUUUGUUUCCAUUUUCCAUUUGCAGCUGAGUUUGAUCUUCCCCAAUGGACACCGACAGCGCCGAUACUGUCAGGUCACAUUAAACUGAUCCUCAAACACCGACCACUGGAGGUUAGCGUUUCGUCAGAGCGCUCUUUGUUUGGUCCGAUAUCAGAGAAGAAUUUGGAUCGUAGUUGCGGGACAAAUUGGGGAAAAAUGUUGCGAGGGUCGUUUGGAAAACGCACGGAGGAAUUGAUUUGCUGUUUGGCUGCGUGGUGAACCAACAAUGUUUCAUCAAGAGACGGUUUCAACGAUUACUCAAACUUUCCGGCAAAAACGUGUGGGAUGAAAUAUCCGAAGACAACUGACAGCAAACUGACAAUCGAUGAUCGUCGGUGUUUACGAGACGGAUUUCAAAUCUGCUAACUGCGUCUAUCAGCGUCUGGCUUCGGAUUCAUAAAUCUAAGAGAGUGAGGUGUGCAAAAGCAAUCUUGAUAAGGCUGAGAUCCAUUUUUUUUUCUACUUCGGCUGCUGAUAGUUGAGAUGAAUGUUUGCAGGUGCUAAACUCGUCCCAAAUGUUCAGUUCUGGAGAAAAACCAUAAAACGACUCGGUUUUAUGGAAAAAUUCCAUCGUUUUUAUCGAAAAGGUCUCUAAAAGUGUCCCAGCUGAUUAACUUCUCCAGUCGUGAUAAUAUUCGAGAGUCGGAAAUACGCAGCAGGUUCAAACCAGCACAGAUGAUGAAUCGGACAGAAGAACAUUCAAGAAAACUUACCGCUGUUGUUUGGCAGGAAGCAGAAACACCGUUAAUUUGAUUGAUAUUGAGAUCAGGAUUAUUAAACAUGAUUACUAAGGAGUUCAUAACACCUGCCUGAAGGUCUGAAUCAAGGUUGCCUGGUGAUGUAUGAAAAUGGACGAUUGUUCACUGGUAUCUAAAAUGGAGGACAAACUGAUCUUGUCGGUGUGUGGGAGUCACGAAUUAUAUGAUAGUUUUUCUUACAAUUACCAAAACCAGAAUAAAAAGGGGAUCACAUGGAGGAAAGUGAUCCGGCAUUUCAACCGCAUCCGGAAAGGGUCCGAUCCGGAACAGCGACAAAUCUUCGCCGUACGCCAAUUCCAACUGGAUCCGUUUGUGAAGCGAAUUUCGUGGCGGAUUACGGACUGCAGGAAUCGCGAGAACUCACAAGUACCCGUGGAUUCAAAUGCAAGUUGUCUUGCCUUUCACUUGUUCGUCUCCACCAGUUUGCAUGGCGUGAAAUAUGAUCUGCCUGAAACAUGUAGUGUUUUAUUUUGAAAAGAAGCCGGGUGUUUUAUUUUGUGUCUGUGCCCGACUUCCUUUCCAGCACGGGUUAAUCUGUCCGGCAUGCUCUGGAGUCUGAAAAAAUAGAACUCUUGCGAUCUGCACCGAAACGGAAAAACUAUCAGCUAUGAUCCGCGGAUACGGCCUUUUCGUAGCCGUUCCGGAUGCGGUGGAAAUUGGGGGUUAGUGAGGAAGUUAGAUUACCUGUUAAAUUAAAAAAAAAAACCUUUGUCUAUCACUUGAUCCCGCCAGUUGAAUUGGCAGGGAUUACCGUUGAAAUUACUGUUGACGCGCGAAUAAAGCGAGUAAAUACUGUUCAUUCACAUGUCUAGAUUUGCGCGAAUGAAGCGAGUUGAUGUUUUACUUGCGCUUGGUGUGAGCGCCCCAUUAGUACCUUCAUGGUGCGCCGCCUAACCAGCAAAAUGUCUCUCGAUGUGCGCUAAUUCACUUUGAUUCAUUUUAGGUCCCAAAGAGUUUUAAAGAAUCUCAAAUCAAAAUUUUUAGGUGCCACUGUCAAAGGAAAAGUUUGGUUGUUUUCGUUGGGUCUGAUUUUCUCAAAGCUCCACUCACCAGACCGGGGGGAAAGUCCAGUCCAGUCCAGUCCAGUCCUCCAACGGUGCAUACUUCUUUGACUGGCGGCGGUCCAAGCUUGUCUGCUGCGGGGCGUACACAGACUGUUCUUCAGCUGUUGGCUGUGAUGGAAAGCAAUCAAAGGAAAGGUUGUUGUCUUGAUGGAUGAGUCCAAAAGUGGAUGCCUGGUAGACCAGAUCACGGGCCUCGUAAGACUGAUCUAAUAACUCAGCAAUUUUAACUAAUCUGUGUCCGGGAUGAUGCUGAAUUCUUGGUUUAGAGGUGAUUUACAACAGGACGGAUGUUUCAGAUGGCCACAAUAAAAACUUUUUUUACUGCAUUAACUUCUCAAAUUAAAUUUGAAGCCAGUGUUCGAGUGUUUCCAGGAACACCACGCAGCUCUGUGAUGGUUUUAGAGGCUGGAGUUCAAAUAUUUAAUUAGUGAAACUCAAACUCAAGUGGUGUUAAGCAAAUGUUUGUUCUCAGGCUGCGUAAAGCCGUAAAACAGACCACAGGCGAACACAAACCGACACAGUGGGGGGAGAAACUCAGAGGGCAAAGUCGAGGUUUCUGCAAAUACUGUCCUUUAUUACGAGAAAUAAGUAAUAAGUUUAUGCUCGAAUUUCCUGCUGCAAUAAAUCUGCAGUUUUUUUCCUAACUUUUAAUGCACCUGAACUAAAUACUUGAUUCUGAUUGGUUGAAACCCCAUAAUGACUGUGAUUAGCUCUGAAUAUCAAGGAUGUACCGAUCACACCCUAAAGCCUGUUGACACUGUGGGAAAAAGUUUAUUGUUAAGUAGUGUUCUGAAUCAAAGAAGGAUAUCUUGAUAUUGGAUCCUGUCCUGCAAUCCAUGUAACGGCAUGUUAGAGUGAGCGCAUUUUUAAGUUUCUGGUCAGUAUGAAUGGGAGUAAAUAUAUGAUAAGGGGGUCAUGGUCAUGCAGAAUGGACCAAUCAAAAGGUAAGACUAGGCCGUAGUGUCGUUAGUGUCACCCAUUUGUUUGUGAAUUUAAAGGGAUAUUCCGGCGUAAAUUAAGUUAGGGUUAAACACAUCGUAACACAGAGUUAGACACCCCCUCAGAGAUGAAUGUUACUGACCGCUUGCUCCUCUAGUUAUACCAACUUUAGCAAUACAGAGAGUUACGCAUUCAACCAAAACGCCAAUCUAUAGCUCAGAACAGCACCUAACUUCAUCAACAGUACAUAUAGGGUCACAGCCAUAGUACUAGCCACCAAACAUCUUUUUAAUUUUGCCUAAUUUCUUUAGCAAAGAGACUAAACACAACUCACCUACUCUCUUCCAGCAGCCGCUUGUUUGUACAGAGACCUUUAGCCUCUGAUUCACCAAUCUUGUAAUUCACUCCUUAGAACUGGUUCAGGUCAGCUGGGUUAGGUCUACGUAGGCCUGGACGAUAUAGAAAAAAAGCAUAUCGAUAAAAAAUAAAUCAUAUUGAUCGAUAUCGAUAAUUAUCAUAAUUAUUUAACAUAUAUUUUAAUUGCAGCCCUGGAUGUUUUAUGCUAUUGCUUAAUGACCUACUUUUAAUAAAGAACACACAAGCACUGAAUUCAAAUUAAAACCUUUAUUCAACCACCUUUUUUAUUUUACCACAACUGAAAGUUUUUUAAAAAAAGAACUUAAAAAAAAAAAGAGAUCAACUUAAGUGGCCUGAGUGACGUCAGUAAAUACUGACAAACAUAAAGACUAAAGUGACCAGAAAAUCUGAUAAAUAAAUAUUUAAAUAGUCUUUUGAUGAAAAUAAACAAAACAAACAAAUAUAUAAAUAAACAGAAUAGCUUUAGGUGGGAAUAGCAUACUACCAGUUUUAACUGUGUGAGAAACUGCCCACAGCCUGGUGUCCCGGGGUCGGGAGAUAUUUUUUUUUUUAAUUAUCAUGUGAUUGACUUUAUACGCAAACUGAGCACGAGGCCGGGCACUUCAUAUCGCGGGUCAAGAGUGGCUAGAAGCUGUUUGAAGCCAGGCUUUUCAACGGUAGUUAUUGGCAGUAUGUCCCUCGCUAUGGAGCAUGUUACUGCAUGGGUGAUGUCCUUAUGCCGCUUGAACGCUUUGUUGUAUUUUUGUUAAGAAACGAAGUCCAGCUUGGUCUGCUUCACUUGCUUUGUGCUGGUGCUGGCAGCGGUUCCAGAGGAUUCCUCCUCCGACGACGUCGAGCCGCGGCGCGGCCGACACAGCUCGUACUCCUGCGGCUGCGACCGGUUUAGAUGGUAAAACAAGUUGGUUGUGUUACCAGACUUGGUUUUUACUAAUUCUCGGCAAAUUUUGCAAACGACCGCUGUUCGCUUUUUGUCAGACUUCUAAAAACCAAAACAUUGCCAUGCUGGAGAACUACUGAGACCUUUUUUCGGGACAAUGUCCUCCGCUUCUCCUUGCUGUAUCAUUUUUUCUAAUACACGUGCUGUCUGUUGUGGUUUGAGAGGGGCUGGGCUUGGUGCCGUAGCGUACCUGGGUCUGCGUUUGUGAUUGGUUGGGAGGAAGUAAUGACUGUAGUAAAAGCUACAUGAUAGGCCAUGAUGAAAAAGAAAGGGAAACUGUGUUUUUCUAUCGAACUUUUUAUCGACCCGUUUUUUUUCUAUCGCAGCACACGUCUAUCGAUCGAUAUAUAUUGUUAUCGAACUGGUUCAGGUCAGCUGGGUUAGGUCUACGUUCUGUCUUGAGUGUCAGAAGGUUCCACACUCCAAAUAUGUGAAACAAACUCCCAGAAACUCUCAACGCUUCAACAACUGAAGGGGCGUGGCCAGUAAUCAAACCGGUGGUCACCGUGACGCGGACUAUAACCUCUGAGCGUAAGGCGUACCAAGUUUAAAAGGUUGCAUAUUUUAGGGUGACCAUAUUCUGAAUUACCAAAAAGAAGACACGACUACAUGGGGGUGGAGUCACAGAGUCAUGCAUUUAAUUUUGAGUGUUUUUUACACGCUUCUUACUCAGUUAUUCCACGCUACACAAAUUCAAAACUCUUGUACAAAACCACGGACAUUUGAAGGAUUUUAUGAACUACCCUGGACAAGACCAGACAGACCAGACAGCCCCCCAAAAAAGAGGACAUGUCCGAGUAAAAGAGGACAUAUGUUUACCCUUUAUAUUUUACAAUUUCAGGGAAAUGAAGGAUUUUAGGGUGACCGAGCAGAGUACAGAGGGGGCCAUGCCACCCCUGGCAGUUCCUCUAGACACACCCCUGCUCCCUCUUACUCGUGAUUCCAGUUUGUUUUUAUUUGACUGUCUUUCAGCCGGUUAAAUAAGGUUGAAACUGUCAGUUAUCCAAGGUGGGUCAAUUGUUCUUUCUCCUCUGAAAACACAAAAGUGGAAAAACUCUAUAAACAUCAAAAAUUGUUGUGCAUCUCAAGCAAAAUCCAGUCCUUCUGUAACCUGUAAUGAACCCCAGCUCCACACUUUCUGUCGCAAUAUCUGGCACCAGAGUCCCGUGCCUAGAAAGCUGGGCUGCAACUGUUAAUAUUAAUAAGAGAGAGAGAGAGAGAGAGAGAGAGAGAGAGAGAGAGAGAGAGAGAGAGAGAGAGAGAGAGCAUUCCUCCGCUGCCUCAGGGUGGUGAAAAGGUUAAGCCUGCCCCCUCUCUUGCAGCUCCCUCUCCGGGCUGCAGCUCAUCAGUCCGGCGCUGCCUCCUCCAGCUGCAGCAGCUCCCCCCUCUCUCUCUCUCUCUCUCUCUGCGCUCUCAGACAUGGACAGACCCCUCUCUUUGACUCCUCCAGCUCGUCUUUCUUCUCCCUGCUCCUCAUGAAAAGCCUCACUGGCAGCAGCGGACGCAUGGAGGUCUAAUUUCUGCUCCAGUUUUCGCUCAAACUCGUGGAAAGUUGUUGUUGUUGUUGUUUUUUUUGCUGUUCCCUUUGGUUUUUUCUUCAAUCUCUUCAUGGUCUGCUCAUGCGUUGGGAAUGCCAUGGCCACUCCGAGCGCACAGCAGCAGCACCAGGAUUAUUACAGAUCGGUGAGCAGCGAGUCCACCACCUAUAUGAUGGUCCCUGCCGGAGGAGCGAGCGGGACGGCGCGCCGGGAAGCGCCGUCUAAGAUGUGGGUGGCGAUGGUGGUGAUCGUGGUGGUGGUGCUGCAGAUCGCCUCCACGACGGGACUCUUUCUCUACCUGAACAUGUCCAUAUCACAGGUAGGAGCUGAUUUACACUUCUGCUGCACGUUGUGGGAACUUUAUUCUCGGUGCAAAUUUCGGGUAAAGGUUGAAAGAAUUGCGCUUUUGUGCGCAUUUGGAUGCUUGAAAACACGAAGAAAUGCUCAAACUUGUGGACGAAAUCAGUAAAUCAGAAAGAAAAGUUGAAGAAAAGUGAGAUUUGCGUGUUUUGAGGUCACUUUUACACGUUUUCUGCAAGCAAAAAUCGUCCAAAAUGACCAAAUUUUUGCCCAACUUUUGUCGAUUUCAUGCUAAGUUGCUGCAACUCGACAGAAACGUCCUGAAACCUCCAACAGAUGAAGUCAAACUCCACUUUUUGGGGAGUAAUUCAUAUCUGGAACACGUUUGGCGCAUUUCGCCCCCGCGUUUGACUCGCCAGGCACUUCUAAAAAACAGCCUCGCAUGACAUGACUUGUUUUAACAAUGAAAGUUAAGAGCAAUCAAAGCUGAAAGGGAGUGAAUGUGGGUCCAGGAGCGUUUAUCGGAUCAAACUGAAUCCAUUAAAGGGACAUACUGGAGCCAUUUGUGUGGAAAAGAGGGCGCAAGGAAGGGUUUUCCGAUAAGUAGGUUACAGAUGUUGUCCAGAGGUGAAACAUGCAGGUCAGGGAUGAAGAGUUGAAGGUGUGAACUCUCUCUCCUGUAAGGUUUGAUCUACUUAAACCUCUUAAACAGAGCUGUAAGUCGUCGCUAUGUGCUUGAAGGUUAAGAAAGAGGUCUUUCUUCCACGGUACGAGGUCUCGAUUCCUCCUCUCCAGGAAUCAAUUAUCAGAGCCGCUGUCACCGCCGCGGUGGGUGAAAGCGAAAGCUGACCUUUGAUUAGUCCCGCCGCACAAGGAAAAGCUUGUCCGCCGGGCUCGCUUGUUAUCAGCGAGGGUGCAAAGAGUACGAGAAUGUUGCACUCAAGCAAAGGUACACUUCCUUCGAGUAAACGCUACUUCCUUAUCUCUUAACACCACCGGCAUUAGUCUGAGGAGUGAUCUUGGCUUGGCCUCCAUCCAGGAUGAAGUUAUCGAAGACUUCUUGUCGAGUCUCGAGCCAAAAAUUAAGACUUGAUUAACUGCAAUGAUUAAAAACUGGCUGCAAAUAAGUUUCUCUUGAGAGACUCGUGAAGGAAAUCUUGGCUCGUUGGAGCUGUCAGGUCGCCGUGGCUUCGAAUAAGUUAAAUGGGAUAUUUUGGCAGGAAUGGAGACGUGGAUCGUGAUGUACUCGAUGGAAGUCCAGCUUGAAACUUUGAGAGCUUUAGCUGAAGAAAUCAAACACCAGAUCUCACUUGUAGUCGAGUAUCAUUCAUUUGUAGCCUCGAAGUAGGAAGCCGAUCCCGGUGAGGUCUAAACUGAGAGUAAACAUCUGCGAGGAGAAGUCGAGGUGGGAGAUGUGUCAUGCUUUCCACCUCCUGCCAGGCCGAUAACUCACACAGGUGUGCCUCAUGCGUCCCGCGCCGGGCGCCGUAGAUCAUUUAAAAGGGGGAAGUCUGGGGGAGUUUUCCAACGUUUACCCCUGAGAAUAAGAGGAGAAAUGUGAUCGCUGAGGUAAAAAUCGGGCUGUUAACGUGACGGGGGCAGAUUUUCAACUCAAAACUGAAGAUGUUUUACUAAUGUUUUGUUCCUAAAGGGGUAGAAGACUCUGGCUUUGUGACCCGUUUAAGAAACCUCAGGUAGUAAUAAUGUCAGAAGUCCUUCGUCUUCCUCUUCAUGGUUGAUGGACGUCCUGGGAUGAGAGGGACGCCGUAAUGAAGGCGAAUAUAUCAGACUCUCGCUGCAUCUGCUUCCAAUCAAGACUCUGGCAUGAGCGCAACAAUCCUGCAUCAGCAGAGUCAGCUGUAGAAACAGUCUUUACAUACUUUAUCUCAAAGUGUGUCGGAGACUGCACUUUCUUUUUCAACACGUAAGAGUCCGGCCUGUUUUGUCUGGCAGGAUGGAGUCGGCAGGAAAUCACAUACAGAACGUUUCAGAGACGAUAGUGGACAGAGACGGAUGAAAAACACGCAGCUAUGUAUCUUGAAUGCGGGGGAAUCCCCCGGUUCUCAUGCGAAGGCCGGCUAUUUUUAAUCUGGAAACAGGCCCUCUUUGAGGCGCAGCGCGGUAACACCCCCCUCCUCCCCUCCUCCGCUCUGCCAGCCCGGUUAAGACAAAAGAUGCUUCGAACAAUAAAUGCAGCAGCACAAUGAGGAACGCUCCAGUGUGGCCUCAGAGCUGCGGCGUUCGCACACAAGCAAACAAACCCGUGUGAGUGUGGGAGUUUCCAGGCCUCACAUGCGUGGACGUCCUGCUGUUUCAAGCCUCUUUAUUCUGGCUUGUCAUUCAUUUUUUAAAAUAAAAUCAGGUAAUCCAGUCUUAAUCUCUACCUGGAUCAGACCUCAAAGAAAAGACCUUCUCUCCGAAAUCUUUCCUCUUUAAAGGGAUAUUCCCGCAUAAAAUUAAUUUAGGGUCAAAGACACCGUAACACCGAGUUAGACACCUCCUCCAGAGAUAAAUGUUGUCGACCGCACGCUAGCAAUACACAGCGGUCUGAGGAGCCAUAAGCAAACCUCGACCAAAACACCACAAAUAAUGCUCAGAACAGCACCUAACUUCAUCAACAGGACAUAUAGGGUCGAAGCCACCAAACAUAUUUUUAACUUUGACUAACUCACCUACUCUCUUCCAGCAGCUGCUUGUUUGUAGUGAGACCUCGGGCCAGUCCAUUACUGACUACAGCGGAGUUUCGCAGCUCAAGGAAGAACAUUUAUGAUCAUUACUUUAUCAUUUCCUCUGAGUAAUAAUCAUCAUAUUAAUCAUUUUGAAGACGCGGUAAUUCCUCUGCCUUAGCGUCUCGGUCUGAAAUGAUCAUAAAUGUUCUUCCCUGAGCUGCGGCACCCCUUUCAGACCCUUUGUCCAGCUCUCCAGAUGCCUCCUUCACUGUUGCCUGCAACAAAGUGGCCAUCAUUGAAUUAUUAUUACUAUUUUAAACAACAAAUGAUCAAAUAAAACCAACUUUUAUGGACCUGGAAGAACUGGAAAAGCAACAACAACAAGGAAUAAAACAGGAAGUCAAUGUGUGAAUGUCUAGAAAUGGACCAGUUUGUAACAUCAUGCUUCUGCUGCCCCUUGUGGUCUACUUGAGAAGUUUGCGGACACUGGUAAUCUGAAUUUUAGUCCUUCUUGAACAUCUUGAUCAGGUUGAUGUAUUUCAGUUUUUCUUUGGAAACUUGCUGAAGUACUUGAUCCUGGAAGGCUAACGGUGGAUUCCCAAACUUUAGACGUUGUAAUCCAGGUUAAGCUUUUAAAGACAAGACUCUAGAGUUUUCAAACUGGUUUAGAAACGACAACAACUCCGAGAUUGUGUAUUCGUUGGCACUUUUUUUUUAGAUUCGUGUCACUUGCGUUGAGUUAUCGCUAAGUGACUGACAUUCCUUUCCCUUCACUUCACUGGUCCACUUUAUUAUUGUUUGGGUUCACUGAUAGGCUCUGACUCACCCAGCCAUGAAACAAUACACCCGGUGAGUGUGUGUCCACUGUGUGUGUUUGUGUGUGUGUGGUCUGAGUCACACUGAAGAAGCUGUAGGUGUUAGUUAGGGGGUGUGUAUAAAUGUGUGUGGUCCACUCACCCUAAAAGGCCAGUUUAGGGGGGCUUUAUGCCGAUGACGGUCCGACCUAUCUGCGUGAUGAAAGGAUGACCUUAAGGCACGAAACCAUGAGGAAAAUCCCUCCAAAUAUUGACAUUCCUGUUGCGAUAUUAAAAUCUGAAUCAUAAAAGACCCAACAGGAGUCUGUUUAAGUCCGAGGUUUAAGAUCAGAGUCAGAUUUUAGGCCGGGCGAUGACAGACGUGGAGGUAGACGGGUUAAUCAGGACCAUGUUAGAGGGUCUCUGACAACCAUAUAAUCACAUCUCUGAAGAUUACAGUCUACAAGGCUGAUCUCAUGUGGGUGAUGUAGACUCCGAGGGAUUAUCUCAAUGUAUGAGGGCUUUGUGGUUUUAUCCCGUUAGCUCGCUUUACAGCGGCGAGUUCAGCACAGGCAACACGUGGAGCAGGCGGUAAUGGAUAUCCAAGUAAAGAUUCGUUGAUCUGCAGGGAUACAAACUAAAAAUGUGAAUCCAGAAACGUAAAUAUGAAGAUUGUACACUUCUUUUAUUUACAAACAUUCAAGUAAACUUAACAUCUGAGUUGUUAUCUAACCACGUUGCAUCUUGGAAGUGUCAGAAAUAUUAGUCAAGUUGUCAUAAUGUAAAAAUAAGCAGUACGUCAGCUCAGAAGUUGUUUGCCGUUUCGUCCAGCAGAGGGCUCUCUAAUCGUAACCUGACCAUCGCACAACACUCUUAACCACCGAGAAUCAAAGGCGUCCUGAGAAGACAGUCACAUUAAAUUUGACUCCAACUUUCGCUCUUUAAUUUUAAUUUUAAAAAGUUGCAGAUACAACAGGUCAAUCAGAGUGCGUCUUAAUGACGUCAAGAAUUACGAUAAUAAUUAAUCAUGGUAUAGACCAGCCUGGCUUUUUCACACUAGUUCACGCGCUUAUGCCAGGAUUUCCGAGCUCUGAGUUGGAAACUCAUCUGUAACGCCCCCCUGAAGUCGGAUUUCCGACUUGGAAAGUUGCACGAUCCUCGCCAACCCCGACUUGACGACAACGUCAUAAUCCAAGAUGGCAGCGCAGUGCACCGACUGUAAAGAGUAAUAGUGAAAUGUUUUAUUUAUUAGCACUUAUGUUUUGUUUUUGCGAAAUUAAAUAAGUGGUAUAUGUAGUAAAAUACUGUUUUACGUUGUUUGCGCUGGUAUAGCUAACAACAACGGCUAACAACAGCUGAAAACCGCUAACGACAGCUGACAACGGCUAACGACAGCUGACUAUUCCGAUGCAUUCAAGUUACCUUGGAAGCCAGAUGUCCGAGCUGGGAAUGACGUCACACCGGAGUUACCAGUGUUUCAGUUACCAAGUCAGAAGAAAGCAAAAUUUGGAGGCGGAAACAAGCGCUUGUCCUUGUCCUUGCUUAUAUUCGGACAACGCAAGCGCUAAAAUAACUUUCGUAGAUUUAGCCAUCUUGGUUACACUUUCAAUUUUGCUUUCUUCCGACUUGGUAACAGAAACGCUGGUAACUCGGCACUCCCAGCUCUGACAUCUGACUUCCGAGGUAACUCGAACGCAGUAUUGUAAACAACAGCUAACAACGGCUAACAGUAGGCGUCCAUCUUAGUAUUCCGACAUGUUUACUGGAAUGCCGUCAACUCAGGUGUGACAUAAUUCCCAUCUCUGACAUUCAACUUCCGAGGUAACUAGGACGUAGCAUUAAUCUCGACUGCCGUCCCUCGGCUUUUCAGACACACACCUGCCUCCUCCUGCUCGUCUCUCCACCUGUUUUUAAUUCUUUAUUUUUAUACGUUUACACUCACAGCAGACUUUUUACGAGGUAAAUUUAUCAAAGAUGUUUUUUACACACUGUUAACCGUUCACUCUGAUCUAAUCCUCCACAGUCUUCGCUCUUAUCUUUGAAUAAAGCGAGUUUAUUGGACUGGUGGAAGUAUGAAAGCGAUCAGUGUACAUAUGGGAGGAAAAUUCCCUGAUAUUUUUCGUUAUGAGCCGGGAUAUAAAAUAUGAUAAACGUCCCAGAGCUUGAAUGAAACCAUGAUUUUUACGUUUCAGCCUCCGCGCCCACAUGUUGCUUGAAUUUCAGAGUUGGCUUCACGGAGGCUCAGCUGCUUCGAUUUGGGGUCUGCCUACGCGUUUCAUCCGCCCCAAGACGUGCCGUGACUUCUGAUGACACCGACUGAGAUAAAUGAGGGAAAAACAUCAGUUAUUUAUACUCAGAGCUGUUCCUCGCUCCGACCUCCUUGUGUGGCCUCAGCUGCCGUUGCCAAGACGCUUCUGAUGCAACCUCCUAUGGCGCAUUAUAGACCCGUAUACAUCGGUUUUUCCAUUAGUUGCAUAAACGUGCUGCGUUUUCUCGCACCAGAUCGGGUUUUAUUAGCCGAGGUCAACGUCGAAUUCAACGUCAGAGGAUCAAUGGAUGACCUGACGGGAAUGUGCGAGCGACACGUGUGCUCUACGGGGGGUUGCGGUCUCUGAGAGGGGGUGGUUUUCCCUGAGGCUGAGAGGGCGAGAGGUCGAGAGGGCGAGUGGUGCGUUCAUCAUCAGAGACCAAUUUAAAGUCCAAUCAAAUCCUUCACUCGCAAAUAUUUAGAUUUAAUUCAAAGCUGCUAAUAUAAACCUCCCUUCCAGGACCGAACGGCCAGAACAUACAACUCUUUCUCCCUCUUUCUCUCUCUCUCUCUGUCCCCUCAUCCCUCCAUCACACCCCUCUCUGUGUUAUGCUUUAAAGCCCACAUUGAGAAUCGAGUUACAGUCAGUUUUAGGGCUCCGGGCAGGAGGGGGGCGAAUUUUUCAGGAAUGACACAAGCACUUUUUCUUUUAUGAGGUAAAAGUUAAGCGACUCUUUGGCGGUGAUUUAGGUUUCUGCGAGUACGUGUGCGUGUGUUUACGUGUGGCGUGUGUUAGCGUCUAAACAAGCUUUGGGCCGGGGAUUAAAGUUGCGUAAAGUGUUUGAACGUGUGUUAGACACGGAGAGAACAAGACAGCUGGUGUUUAAAGAUGCAUGCGACGGAUGGGCGAUGGUUCGACCUUGGUUUUUGUCUCUCUGACUGAAUUUGACAAGGCCAAAAUGACAUCAAAGGAGUAAUCUCUUGCAGCUUUUUCAGUAACCGUUGAGUUUCCUCUCCCGAAGCAGAUAUUCGUUCUCACAUGAUCUCCAUCCACACCAUUUUCAACCAAUUGGAGACAAUUUAGGGUUCUGUUAUCCUUAAAACGAAGAGGUGAAACGCUCCAUUUGGAUGAGGAAAAGCAGCGAUUCCUGGAAAUAAAGACGGAAGAUAAAGAACAGAUAAAAGGGACGAUCUUGAUAAGACACAGAUCAGGCAAUAAAGUUGCCAGAUCUUCAGUUGAGCUAAUUUAGGAGGGUUUACUUCAAAGUAGAAAUACUCUCACGAGCUAACUCUUUAAGCAUGAAAACUGUUAAUGGUUAGGUAGACUCAUCAUAAUGGAAAUUCUUUUCUGAACGCUCCAAAUGUUCCGAAUCAAACCACCGACUGGUCUUGGGUUUGGAUUUGGAGAAGUGGUGGAGCAAGAGUUUUUUUGAUUGGGUCGGCCAAACCGAGGCAUGGACUUCUGAAGGGGCGGCCGAAGGGAUAAAGUUACAAAUGUUCAAAAAUAAUUGCAUGAGAUAUUUUAUCUAGAUUAUUUUGAGGGUUAGUGAUGGGAAGAACAGUUCUUUUGACUGUACUGAAUCUUUAGGAUCCGUUCAUUAAAAGGAUUUGUUCGGAAGUCGUUUCGUUUUGUUUACCAUGUCAUUCACUGACUGACGUUUUGUUCACGGACUGUUUCAUUCACUGACUGAAACAUGUUGUUCAUUCGCUGUGAGUGAAUCACGAGACUCCGCCCACUCACUGGCUGGCUGUGUGUCAUUCGCCAAAGAGUCACGAUUGAGCUCAAUUGAACUGAAAAAGGAACGAAUCAGGUCUCGGAGUGAUUCCGUUCACGUUGUUCACUCAGCAGUUCAUGAACGACACAAUCACUACAAGGGGCACUAUAGGUGAACGGGCAGGUAAACGCUACAAAAGGGACGCAGAUGAAGCGUUGAUCUGGGGAACGGGAAGAGCACACGGUUUUUACCGCUAAUUUGACACCACUCUCAACCUCAUCAUGAACAUCACCAUCGUCGCAAGUUGGACGUAUCUGUAUUUUUUGGUUUGCAUUUCAUUUAAUCAAGAAAUGGCAAACAUACAACUCAACAACAACCUUGGAGUGGACAUCGGAUUGGACUAGAAGCGAGUCAAAAACACCAAACUCCCGCACCAAGACGGUGACUAAAAUUCAGGUCAGCGUCGUCAAUUUGAUCUUUAACUUCGAAAGCGAAUGAAACGAAGUGGAAAAAUGUACAUCUACUAAACUUUCCUGACACACGAUGAAAUGCAAAGAAGCUAGCAGCAGCCCGUUAAACUCGAGAUGCACCGAUCCGAUAUUUGGAUUGGAUAAAUCGGCUUCGAUAUUGACGAAUUAACUGGAUCGGAUAUCGGAUGAAUGAUGCCGAUCCAGCCUUUUUUUUGGGUAUUGGUAUCUGAUAUCGGCCGAUACGCUCAGCUCAGGUAUCAGUAUCAGACUUGAUCCGACAAAAAUGGAUCGGUGCGUCUUUAAGUUUAACACGACCAAGACGGCUAAUUUCAAUAAAAGUGUUAAACCUUCAGACUUCAAACAUUCGAUUCUGUGUGAAGAUUUGCAGCUUUAUGGAGAGUUUAGGUUCAAUUUGUGACAUUUUACCCAUCUUGGAUCAGAUUCUUGAACAUCAACCCCUGACUUCCCUGCAGAUGCUCUUAACUUGACAAUUUAACCUCCUGUUUAAAAAACAAGAUGUGCCAAAUAUCAGCGGAGUUCUGCUCUUAUCAAAUGUGACGUUUCCAGGCCAAAAAUGCGAUUAACUGUCCCUGAAGUCGCCGCGCUGAGGGAGGAGUGAGGCCGAAAGAGAGAGAAAGGAGUAAACUUCACAUUAUGUCAUCUGACAGAGAGCAGACACACACUCAAACACACACACAAACACACACACAAACACACACACACACGGUGUCAGCUCAACAGCUCGGCUGGUGAUAACAGGAUAUUUGCGUUCCCACGUUGGAAUGCUCAUUAGGAUGUAGCUACAGCUGUGAUGUGUGUGUGUUUGUGUUUGUCAGUGUGUGUGUGUGUGUGUGUGUGUGCCAACAGCUGGUGCUGUGUGUUAUCAGUGUGUUUGCUGACUUAACGUGAUUGUAGAGGUCUGAUAAAUGACAUUACUACGAGAUGAGGAGACUGACACUCCAAACAAACGGCUGCUGGAUCUGAAUUUAAAGCUGCAGGUUUAAAUUCACUUUUAGUUACUGUUUUUGUGUCAUUUUUAGUAAAGACGUUUUUUAAGAGGCCAAAUAUCCAAGCCGAAAUGACGCCAAUUACUGUUAUUUUAAAUCAUAACCCUGUCAACUAACAGAAAUUUACUGUAAUAUUACUGUAAUCAUGAAUAUUUGUCCAAUCAGUGUAUAAAAUGUUGCGAUAAAAGCUUAAAACAUCCAUUAUGUUCAGCAAUGUGCAGUUUUCAUGCAGACGCGUAGCUAAGUCUAAUGAGGUCGUUGAACUGUGCUUAGCUUUUAUAGUUGUAAAGUUCGUGAAACACUGCCUGCAAUGGAUUCGCCAAGACUCCUGCUAGCUCCCUCUGCUGGUCACUUGUUGUUUUGCGAUGAAUUCGGCAUUCUUUGUACGCUAAAGCGGCACUCAUUUCAGCCCACUUAAGUACGAUAAAACACCUCUUUUUGGAGCAUUUGGUUCAUGGUAGGACCAGCUCGCUAAUUUUUAAAAUCAAUUCGUACAAAAAUUUUAACGUGAAACUAAAUUAAGCUAAUUCGAUUCAAGCUCGGCUAUAAAUGUUUGGAACUUAAAAUUGGGAAAAAAAGCUUGGAGUUAGCGUCGGCAAGUUUUUAAACGACAUUAUAUGAGACAAAAAGGCUGUGUCCGAAACUAUGCUAGUCAUGCUUUUCGUGAUUUGUUCUUACAAGAUUCGUAAUACACAAUUUGUACAAGAAACGCCGAGAUUUAUUCGAGAUUUUUAGGAAUGUUACAGUUUGAGACAGAAACUAGGGUGAUCGGACGUUCCCGAUUUCUGAGGACAGUCCCCGUUUUGGUUGACCAGAUUUUAGCGUUUCAUAAAUGAGAAAAAAAAUGCGUAUGGAUUAGAACAACGGUUAUUAUGGUAGCUGGGUUGGUAGGAAGCGAAAUUAGCAUAUAGCGCGCAGUCCUGAACAAAAUUACUCGCAAGCUAGCAACCCGCAACAAACACUUUAAUCGUAUAUCUCGUACAGGAUAUGGUUAAAGUUAUAUUUAGCUAACAUAACUCGAAUCAGAAACGCUCAGAACAAAAUGUUCUACGUGUCUUUUUUCACCUAAAUGGUGAUGGCGUGAAUUAAAGGAAAUAUGAGCUGAUUUAGCGUCAACAAUCUGGACUUUACGACGCUUAAACUAAUUUCUUGGCGCUGAGUAAUAGUGUGAUUUAUUUCAUUGUGUGACCGGAGAAGACUGGAGCCCGCACACCAACCUCCAUCCCCAUUAGAAGCCCGAUAAUCAAAAAAUCAUGCCAGAGCCUGAGCAAAACUGUUCGUUUUCGCCCCAGAAACAAUUCAAUAAUUUGUGGUGUUACUAGGAAACAGAUGUUCGAAGGUAUAAUGUGUCUCAAUUUAAACGUCGACGUUCACCUCUACAGUUUAUUGACCUCCUACAGCGAAAUGUCCUUCCCCUGGUCCAUCCAUCUUCCCUCACAUCCAAUCUGAACCGUAAGAGCUCCAUAUGGCUCCCAUCAUGUGGAAACCGAACCCUUCCCGUACUUCAUGUACAUGUAUCAAAGUAGAGGACGCUGGAACACGAACAGUCGAACCCUGAAACAUUUGAAGGAAGGGGAGCUUUCUGCGAUUAGAUAUCACAUCCAAAGUGGUCGUUUUUGUCGAUAAAUUACAUUUCUUUUAUAGAAAAAUUGAAGCGUAUUGAAAACAUCUGCUGGCUUUGAAUCCACGGAUUAUAUCUUUAGGAAGACAGGCAACGAAAAUCGCACCAAGUCCUGAUCAGUGCGGCUACCACCCAUCGAAGAAAAUUGAGUCUGGGACGGAGAAGAAACCCUGAAACCCUAAAACCGUCUAACUCCAUUCUCCAAGUUUCUGGCAGCGAGACGUCCAGAGCUGUCCGGUCGUGGUUAUAGACGUCCAAAUAGAAGAAAACGAAUCGAGUGAUGCAGGCGCUGAUGCGUCCAAGAAAAAUAUGUUUAGUGCAUGAAUUCAUGUGUGUUUUGCGUGAUAAGCUGGUGGUGAUUUGCGCUGUAAGGUCAUCGUCGGUCUUGUUGAUCCAGCCGUGGGACUGGACGAAUGUUUCUGUCCCAGAACGAGAAAGAGGUCUUGUUAGUGUCAUCUGUCUCCUUCAAUAUUCUCUCUCUUAAAGUGAUUCUCUGUCCGGACGACGUUGACCCCGUUAACGAAACCCUCCUGCUCCUCUGUCAGCUCUCAUUUCUGCACAGAUUGAGAAACUUUUCUUCAUUUCUAGAUAAUAAUUCUCAAAUUUUCUUUUUCAUGAAUCAAAAUCACAUCCAAACACUUCCACUGAUGUCCUACUUUCUCAGCUCCCCCGCCGGCUUCCAGGCUGCAGCCAGUCUUUUUUGGCCUGAACGUCCAUAAAUGGAGCACGUCCUCUUGAAAAACUUGUAAGGAUCUCGGGCGUGUGAUCACAAGUCGUCUAUGAAUCAGCAAAUCGAGCGUUUAGCGGGGAGUCUGGCUUUGUUUCCAGCUGCUGAAUGAAAAACAGUAAUCCAAACAGCUCUGGGAAAGUAGGUUAAAUCAUACAAGUCAUGAAUUCUUUAAAAAGAUGAGGUUUUAAAAGGUUGAGCCUUCGGUUUUCCUCUCUUGAAGGUGUCGUUUAUUCUUUCUUUACCUUAAAAGAGGUAGAGAAGUUGCUCUUUGAAUUCAAUGUCGGCUCAGUCGCACUUAAAAGGAUCUUCGUCUUUAACUCUCAGACUUUCCAGGGACGCUGAAGUAAUGCAAACAUACUCUACGUGUUUGGAAAAGAGGAUAAGAAAGUAGAAGCUUUCCAGAAAUAGGAGAGAGAAAUCUCUAUGAAUGUUAUGAAAACACGACAGGAGUUAAGACGUCUGGGCUUCGCUGCUUCCAAGACGUUACGCAACAUGAAGGUGAGAGUGCGGCGAGGAAAGAGUCUCGACUGUGAAAUCAAAAGUUUUUUUCAUUUCCACUCAUGACAUGAUCGGACAGGAAGAUGAAGAACAUAAAGGGCACUCAUUUUAACGGGUUUAGGAGUCAACAAACGAGUUGAGAUGUUUCUACUCAAAGAUGAGACCCUCACUCAACACGGCUUCAAUCAGGAGGUUGUGAAAAUAUGAGAAAGAGCCGAGGUCGCGUCAUGAUCGCAUGACUACGAUUGGUCUUGCCGAUCUGGUCCCACCAAACCAAACAAACAAAACUAGAUUAAUUCGAUAGAUCAGUCACACAUGGUCGUCUUUGGUCUGACCUCUUGGGAAUUUCCCAACUUAUUUUUCAUCGUACUUCAGUUUUUAUUCUCUUUUGGCCCAAUCGGGAUGAAAAUCUAACAAAUCUGGACCUGUAAUCUGCUGAGAUUUGAGGGAUUUGGAGCUCUGUGAUCACUCACAGAAGCCCUGACAGCGCAGGAUAACCUCUGACUUUAUCAGCAGCUCAGGAUCAAAACCAGAUAAAGACCUGUUGACGUCUCGGCUGAUAAGGAUGAUUGAUUUCCUGUGAUUAUUGGCACAGGUGGGUUUGGUGGUUUUUACUUUGGUGGAUGUUUCUCCAGAGUCAAGACCAAAGUUUAUUAAAGUUUGUGAUUCAGAGGUCUCCAAAACAAAACACAAAAAUCCACCGACAUUCCAACAGUCAGAUUUCAGAGCAAACCGCCUUGUCCGCCCGAAAAUAUAGCUUUAAGAAUGAAGUAACUUUUAAAGAAGAACUUUUAUUUCAAGUUGUAUGAGAAUUUAGCCAUAAGGAACGUGGAUCAUUCUGUAAACUUUUAUAAAACUUUCAAAAGUGACACAAUUUCAUUAGAAAAAGUACCCAAACAAGAACCUGAGUCCAAAGACUGGCAGGCUAACAGGACACUUUAGCGAACUUUUUUUAAGUGAUAUCAAAUAUUUACUCAAAUCAGAACUUUUAGCUCAUAUAAUUAAUACUUUUUAAACAUUUACUUAAUUUUCUCGUAAUUUACAAAGACUUUAAACUCAUUAAUGUACAAAUAAAUUAUCAUAUUUGGAAUUUUUCUCAAAAAUAUUGGACAUUGAUGUUGAGAUUUUUCUUGUGUAUUUGUAACAUUUUUUUUUCAUGCUACAAGGCUUAAAUUUUUUUAAUUAAAAGUUUGUUUAUUUAAGUUUAUGAAUUUUUCUACACAGAUAUAUGACUUUGAUUUGAUCAAAAUUCAGUUUUAUUUUUGUAAUUUCAGGAUUUUUUUCUCACAACUUCAUAACUUUAAUCUUGUUCGUUCACUCGAUCAUUCUUGACAAAAAAAAGUUAAUUUUUUUACAUACAUGAUUUUCAUGUUCUCAUUGAAAUUUAACCUUUUUCAUUAAUUUAAGGCUUCAUUCCCAUUAUUUAUAUUUUUCACAGUAUGGUAUAUCUCAACUGUUGUUAAUUCAGGAGUUUGUUCUCAUAACAACCUCACUAAACUUUUGUGAAUUUCCGAUCUUUAUCACAAGAUUUACUCUAAUGAAUUAUUACGUAUUUCUCUAAAGUUUAAGACUUAAAUCUCUUUAGUUGAAGAGUUCGCUCUUACAAAAAAAUUAAUUAAUUUUGGAAUCUUCAUUUUACGACUUUAUUGUCAUAAAAAUUUACAGAAUUUCUGAUUCUGAAUUCAACUUUUUUAUUGCUUUUAAAGGAUAACAAGUACAGCAGUCUGAUAAAGGUAACAGGUACAUUACAAUCCAAAAAAAAAAAGAAAAAUCAAUGAAAUUAUUAAAAAAAGUUUUAAAAAAUGGAAAAAAUAAACAAAAUUUUAAAAAAGGGACCAGGCGGUGACCCCCUUCCACCCCCUCAACUUGGAUCUCUAUAAAAUUUUUACAGGACAUAGAAGACAAUAUUUUAACAAAAAAUGCAAAUAAAAAUGUAAAAUUCAGCUUUUUAAAAUCAGUUUCCUAAACGUUGCGAUCCUAAUCUUGUGUUGUACUCAAAGUUAAAAAAGCUUUUGUUUCCAGUUUGGUGAAAACACGUCUCCUGCAAGGAAAUUUUGAGUAACAAAACUGAGCCAAACAGUUUUACGUUUAUGAGAAUUUUGUAAAUUUUUGUUAAAAAGAGAAAAAGUAUUUCUAUUGUUGUUGAAAAUGCUCUUUGUCUCAGAUAUUGUGAGUUCAUGUCCCGUAAACCUCACUGCUAAACUAUUUGCUGACACAUCCAUGUAAUUGGGCUGAUUUUAUUGUUUAUUUUGGAGGGACCAGAUAUGUUCCUUCCUGUUUUUUUGUGGAUUUGUGGAAAUUACUGGUCAGAAUUCCUGCUUGUAUGUCAGCAGAUUCCAGGUUUUGUUUUUGUGCGCAACUUCAAGGGUUUUCCAUCUCCUCCAAAGAGAAAGUUCCCGUUUCAUUUCUAUUCGAGGUUGACGUAUUCUCUUUGUUACUCGUUUUAAGACAUUAUUACUAGUACACAAAGAAAGCUGAGGGAGUUGUGUUUUGUCUCAGAAAGUGUGUCGAAAGUGGUUUGUGACACCAUCAGUUAAUCAUCUGCCAGAACAGGAUCGACAGCCGGACAGCUUGUUUUCGUGACACAAACAGAGCGUGAUCACACUGGCUCGAGUUCUCCAGUGGAUUCUCGUCACGUUCAGCAACAACCCCUGACAGAAACUGUACCUCUUUCCUUCUACUGUUCACUCCUGAAGGCCUCUCCUGAGUCAGACUCGCUCACCACCUCCUCCUCACACUAAAACACUCAAACAGAAAAGCCACCCAGGCUGGACCUGCCCACCCACAGGCACCCAAAGGACCCCACAGCAGCUUCAUUUACAGUGUUUUCUUUGCUCUUUCAUUAGCUUCACUUUGCUUACAGUUCUGUCAUAUCCUGAGGUUUCAUUUCACUAAAUUUGACCCUCAGUGUCCAAAAUAGAAGCUUACGAUAAAACCAGAUUACUGGACUCUCUCGUCUUUGGACCAAACCUCAGAUGGAGGGUGAACUAGCAGAAAUAGGGACCUGUAAGUAGGGCUGAGCGAUAUAUCCUCAAAUCAAUAUCAUGAUAUAUUGAUCAGUUCACCUCGAUAACGAUAAAUGGACGAUAACUACUCCACAAGCUGCUCACCCCCUCCCAUAUUAACUUCGUCUACUUCAGCUACUACAACUUUUGAACCGUCCUCCAUCUCCUCACCUGUCUUUACGUAGGACAGCGUCUUAAAGGGACAUGAGACCAUAGCCUACCUGCACACAUCCAAAACAAACUUUUUUUAAAUGUAUUUUUUAGACACUGAAUAUACAGAUAUGGGCAAAAUGACAUCAAUUUUUGUUGUAAAUUUCGGUAUCGGUAAAUUUUCGGUUUAUCGCCCAGCCCUACAUACAACACUGAAUCUUGUUGGGCUGGUCAUGCAUCAAAAUGCUUAAUAUUGUUCUGUUUUGUAUCCUGUUGUAUCAUGUAUUCUGUAACAUGAUGUCUCAUAUCAUAUUGUAUGGUAUCGUAUUUUAAAGUAUUGUAUCAUAUAGUAUUGGAUCAUAUUGGAUCGUACCAAACCGUAUUGUGAAGUAUCAAUUGUAUCGCAUCGUAUUUUAAAGUUUUGUAUCAUAUUGUGUUGGAAUGGUACUAUGCCAUAUUGUAAAGUAUCAUAUUGUAUCGUAUCGUACCGAUCGUACUUCAUCAUAUUGAUUGUAUCGCAUCAUAUGGACAAAAUGACGUUGGUUAUUGUCGUAAAUUUCAGUAUCGGUAAAUUUUCGGUUUAUCGCCCAGACCAAGUCAAAUUCUCUUAGAUAUAUAUAUUUUGCUUUAAAUCGUAUCUUGUUGGGCUGGUCAUGAAUCAAAAUGCUUAAUAUUGUUCUGUUUUGUAUCCUGUUGUAUCAUGUAUUCUGUAACAUGAUGUCUCAUAUCAUAUUGUAUCGCAUCGUAUUUUAAAGUUUUGUAUCAUAUUGUAUUGGAAUGGUACCAUGCCAUAUUGUAAAGUAUCGUAUCGUACCGAUCGUACUUCAUCAUAUUGAUUGUACCGCAUCAUGUGGACAAAAUGGCGUUGGUUAUUGUCGUAAAUUUCAGUAUCAGUAAAUUUACGGUUUAUCGCCCAGCCCUACCUGUACGUACAGAUAGUUUGGCAGUUUUCUAGUUCAUUUUAGAUUUUCUUAAGACUGUUUGGGGGCCGACGCGAAUUUAGAAAUUACAAAAUAUUUGGAGGCGAAUUUUGUCGCGCCUGACUAUACACAUCAAGCCUGAUGCGAUUUUGCGACUUUCCGGGGGGAAAAAGACGCAUCCCAGGGAAGAGUUUUCCCGGGGAAAGUCCCGCCUCCUUCGCCUCUGAUUGGCUAGAAAAACUGGAAAUAUCAUCACGGCUCCUCUCCGCCAAACAGUCAGCACCUAUAGCCAAUCAGAGGCGAUAAGAUAAGCACAUGAAAAUAUGUAAUCUAUGUGUAAACGAUCAUAAACAAUCAGCCAGUCGGCCAUGUAAUCUCCACAGGUUGUCCUUCAGGUUGUUAUCUUUGUAAUAUUUGUGUACACAAUCAUAAACAAUCAGCCGGUCGGCCAUGUUGGAUAUACCGGUGAAUCUGACGUCGCAAUCUGAUUGGUCAGAAGUGGACACACAGUAUGCAAAACUUUAGAAAAUUUGACCAUAAUCCGAAAAAUAAAUGCCGCAAUAUCGCAGGAUGGGAAAACAUCGCUGAUGUGAACGACAAAAAAUGGUUCCAGUGUGAAAGGACCUUUAAACAUCAACUAAAGCCAGGCUCUAGUAAACUGGCGAAAAUACCCAUUUCAGCAGCACACCCUCUUUGCAGCGUUCCCUCUUUGCCUGUUGGUUUGACUUUAUUCAUGUCUAACAGUCUAUAGUUUGGACAUGCUCCUGUCUCUCUUUUCUGUCUGGUUUUGAACCACCUGGAGGUCUCUAAGGUAUCUAAGGACAACUUCCUGGUGGUAAACUCUGAAACAAUGACUCGUCUAAUUGCACCUUCAGUUUAUCCUUCUGGGAACACUCCACCGCCUUGUUUUGGGUCUUCCCUGAAAGCUCCAGCCUCUGAACUCGCCUCAUUUAUCUUCUCUCUGAAUCUCUCUCUCACGUUAGCUCGGCCGCCCCGGGGCGCUUCCGUCGGUAUGUGUGCACAGGUGACCGAGCUGAACUGGAAAAUCCUGACCUCUUCUCUCUCCUCUCAUUACCUCUCUCUCAUCCUCCCUUCUUUUUCCUCGUCCUCUUCCUCAUUCUGACGAGAACCAGAGACUUCACCCUCGGAGCCUUUUAGCGAGAGUUUAUGGAGACUUAAUUUUUCAACGCCACCGGCUGAGAUAAGGCAGCUUACACUCCCGUAAACAAAAGCCAAUCAGCUUUAAGAUAACCACAAAGAGUCUUUAUCCCCGAGUCAUCUUAACAGCUCCUUCUUACCUAAACAGAAAUGUCCCCGAUUGUUUUAACGCACAAGGAAGUUAAAGAGAAAGAAAGAAAUGACCGGAAUAUCAGAGGGCAGGUCCGCCCUGCUUUUGUAUGUCUUUAAACUUUAUUUAAACUGGACGCCAUCCAAGAGAGCAGGACUGACAAAGAGAGGUCAGAGUCCCACACGCCAAGGCAGGGAGUGGUUUUUCUGCAGCCCUACUUUUAGGCUUCCAUCACGAACUCGCUCGCUCACAAACGCGUGCAAACACACUCAGACCGACGCAUUGUCUCGCUCUUUCGCCCGCAGGUCAGUCAGUAACCAGUUAGUGCCGAUGACGCAUCUUUCUCUGCGUCAAAAGAGGUCAAUGCAUGAGCCGAUAAUGUCAUUAAUGCCUCGAAACAGAAGCAGACAAUCCCCCGGAUCUGGAUCUGUGAAUGCAAUUUAGAUUAUUUUUAAAAUCCACAUAGAGAACCGGAGGAGCCAGAAUUCACAGACCCCCUCAGACUAAAAUCCGUCAAUCCAAACAGGAGUAAGUGUUCAGGGUUAGGAAGGUUUCGAUUCGCAGUAAAUCAAUCAGCGCUUCUAUUUCCCGAAAGUGCAGGUAGAUUUAUUUUCACUUUUGUUUCUCAACACCUUUUUUUCCUGACAGCGACAAGUUCAGACUCCUCGCUCAACACCCGCAGAGACGGCGGUAACCUCUGCUGAGAUGUGCCGACUGAUACUCCUCCAGCACGGUUUCGACUGAAGGCUUUUGAAGUUCAGCGAUCGUCCGAACGAAAGAUUUCUGUCUGAUUGUGUCGAUUCAGAUCUGUAAAAUUAAGACUAUUCUCCUGAUUUUAAAAUUACUUUAAAAGCUGCAAUCAAAGCAGCACUUUGGAGUUUUUACUUUUUCCAUGACGUUUACCUGCACUGAGUCGUUUCAGUGUUUAGAGUCGAAAAGAGAAAGUGAGAAAAGAAACGACUUUAAAGCUCCUGUGAGGAACUUUUGGUUUGUGUCGGUUUUGGCGCCCCCUGUGGACGAAACUAGAGUGACCAUAUGUCCUCUUUUACCCGGCUGUCCGGCUUUGGGGGGAGUUUAUAAAAUCCUUCAAAUGUUUGCGGUUUUGUACGGAAGUUUUGAAUUCGUGUCACGUGGACUUGCUAAGUUAGAAGCGGGUAAAAAACACUCGUCCAACCCGAAAAACUCAAAAUUAACCACGCAUGACUCCGCCCCCACAUUUGGUCACCACUACAAAACAGUCUUUGCUCGUCUGUUUGCUCGUCACAUUCUGACUUCUAAAGGUCGUUACACAUCGGGAGCGUUUUUAUCAUGCGAUUAUUUCGGACGUCAAUAUUUUUUUUCGAACCCGUAUCCUGUCAAUACAAGCGUUCACAUCAGCGACGUUUCCCCAUAGUGCGAUAUUGCGGCAUUUAUUUUUUCGGAUCAUGGUCGAAUUUUUUAAAAUUUCCUAUAUUUCCCAUACAAUCAGAUUUCGUGUUGUUGCGACAUCUGAUUCACCGGUAUAUCCAACAUGGCCGACAGGCUGAUUGUUUACGUGUCGGAGUACAGAGUGAUUUUUGAUAAAAGACACAAAUAUUACAAAGAUAACAACCUGAAGGACGACUUGUGGAGAGUCAUAGCGUCAGAUUUCUCAUAUGACGAUGGUUUGUGUGCUUUAACAGUUUGAUAAACGUCUUUGUUUUAACUUUCAUCUGUGCUAAGUAACUUUAGCUCGUAAGCUAAUCUAAGCUUUCCCCCCUGAAAGUCACAAAAUCGCCACGCGCUUGAUGUGUAUAGUCAGGCGCGUCAAAAUUCGCCUCCGAAUAAUUCGUAAUUUCGCGUCGUAUAUUUGCGUCGUUCCUGGUGUGUAAGGACCUCAACAGUCAAACAUAUUAUUUUUCAGAAAGAUUAAAUGUGAAAAUGAAGCUUCCCUGCUCGCACUUGUUUCGGGCUUUAAAACUAGCGUAUAGAAAUCGCCGAUCUUGUCGCUUUUGGUCUAUUUUGCUCUAAGACAUAAUAAAAAAAAGCAUCAAUAUGAAUUUCUAUCUAUUUCAGUAACUCCCAAAACUCCUCACAGGAGCUUUAACACGUACAAAACAAAAGAGAAGAUGUUUGAUUCGUCUGCAGUUGGUGCCAAAAUCAACUACAAGUUUGCUUCACUUUCUAUUUAACUCACCGUGUGUUUGUUAAAGAAACACAAACUGACUGAUCUCUGCGUUUUAAAGCACCUGCUGCUGCUGUUAUCAUUUAAACACAUUCCUCUGUGACUGAUCGGCGUUUAAAGGCGUUCGGUACGCAGUUUCUUUAUAUUAUCCUACAUAUAAAACAUCUCUUUGGUUUCUCUCUUGAAGGAAACUCGUGUUGGCAUCUGGACGCGUGUGGUUGCAUGAACCCAUGUUUAAAACGUUGGUUUCUGCUCCCCGAAGCCUCUAAUGGUUGUGUUUUUGGCUCACGUUCGCUGGUCUGUACAUGCACAGGGGCAUGAGUGGGGGUGGGUCUGUCGUUUCACCGCAGACCAAAACUUGGCUCGCACCGCAGCAGUGAAGUAAACCCUCACCGGUCACGGUUGGAAAAGCCUCUGUUUUGUCCCCCCCUUGUAAAUACCUUUUGUGUAUGGAGGCCAAUCAAAACCGCCGUGUUCAGCGCCCGGCUUGAUUGCUCUUCAACAUGAUGGAUAACUGAGCGAGCUGCUGGUCAUUAAACGAACGGCGGAGAUGAAUCAGACAGCUUCGACAAAUAAAUCAACGUCUGAAACUCUGUGGCCGUCUGCCAGAAAACACUGGAGCCCUGCAGGUUUGAUAAAGAGGGAGAGACACACUCCGGCUGCCUCGGACACACAAACACGCCUCCGCCAUGAGCGCCACAACAAAUGCGCUUAAAAGCAAGAUCAUAAAAGCGCACAUGUGUUGUCAAAUAAAAACUUAUAUGGACUCAUUCUCACCCUCGCGCACAUACCGCACUUAACUACCGGAAGCUUGUACGUUCAUGCAAACACACGAGGUGAAAAGAGUUACAUGUUGUGAGUUUUUAAUGAUCGCUUUGGGCAAAAUUUCACAACACGGAGUUAGAAAGCGACUGUGCGAAGAUGAAGAGCUGGAGAGGCUCGCCAAGGGUCUUAUCUCUACGGUCAAAAAUAGACGCCUCUUAAGAGCAGCGGUCAUAAAUCACCUCCAAACAGAUGCACUGGUGUUAACAACGAUAUUCGACUUGAAUUUAAUCAGUUCAGCGUGUUUUUCAGACGUUAUAUUUGCAUCAACAUAACUGCGAACGUGUCUGCUGAUUCCUGUUGGAGUGGGCCCCAUUUCUGGCGUUUUGUCGACUCCUAUUUCUGGAGCUAUUUCAUGAUCACGUACUUGGACUGUUUACUGGUUUAAAGGAGACUCUCCUCAGAGACUGUUAAUACUGCCAAAAAGAAACUGGUGUAAUCCAGCCAGGUACAAGAUGUACAGACAUGUUUUUUAGGACAUAUUUGGGCAGGUUUAAAGGAAAAGGAUAACGUUCAGGUUUUUGGCGUGGUCUGUUCAUCACCAUCAUGGUCACAUGAUGGUUACAUGAUGUGAAUUUAAGGUGAAGCACUCCUCUGUCAGUUUUUGACAGUUUUGUUGCAGAAAACUGGCCUAUCCUCACUUUAACUGGUUUAAAGUGAAACAUGUAUGGAUAAGUAUAAUCAGGUAUCAUCUGCAUAAUGUCGAAGACGCAAAGUAAGUUCUAUUGAGUAUCAUCUGCAUAAUAUUGAAUAUUUAGAGACACACAUGACUUUGUAUCAUCUGCACAACACUGAACUCGUAAAGAAAGGUUAGUGGAGUAUCAGUUGUGUAAAUAUAAAUAUAAAUGUAUCGUAGAAUAUAACUGUAUUAUCGCUGCGUAGCCCUUACAUAUGCAAAAUUAUGGCAAAGUGGAAUCAGCAGAAAUCGGAAUACAUAUGAAAAGUAUAACUAGCUAUUAUUUAUCUUACUGUAUUCUUCAGGGGAUAAUGUGCACCGGAUUAUAUGGCGCACUGUGAAUUAACGUGGCUAUAUUCACACAUAAGGCGCACCAUUAAGCAUUGAUUGGUUUAUUGUUGCUAGCGCGUACUCCAGGCCACCUUACCUGAAUGCACCUUUGGUUUAGAAUAUCCAUUGAGCGGAGUGGCUUCGUUGCUUACAAAUCGUACUUUUGGACAGAUUUUUACCACAAAAAAUCGGUCAGUAAGCACAACAAGUAAUCAUAUAUAAAGUGCGCUGGAUUAUAAGGCGCACUGCCAAUUUUUGAGGAAGUCUAAGGAUUUCAAGUGCGCCUUAUAGUCUGAAAAAUACGGUAUGCAGAAACAGCAUUGAAAAUAUAACCGGGUGUCAUCUGCAUAAUGCCAAACGUUGAUUAAAAAAAAGAACUGCUAGAUUAUCUCUGAAAAAGUAUUGAAAGAUUAAUUAGGACUUAUCUGCAUUGAGCAAAAAUGUAUAGAUAUAUAAAAUAUGGCGUCAUCUGAAAUACUCCAAAAAUGCACAGGAAGGUACAUUCAGGUGUCAUCUACAUAAUACCGAAUGUAUAUAAAUAUUUUUAAGACAUUUUCCACAUCACUUUAAAGUCCUGGUUGACGAUCUGAGAAGCAGUUGAAAAAAACUAAACCGUUGAUUAGAUUGGUGGUCACAUUUCCUCUUUGUCGCCGCCCUUUCUUCUGUCGGCUUGCGUUUUCUUCGCACUUUUGGCGGUGGGGUAAGCAGAAGUGUUGUAGCUAAGCUGAUAGGCUACUUUUAGCCGCUCAGAUCUCCGAGAAGGGCCUGGAGAGUGGGAGGGGACGAGUCGUACUGUGUGUCGAAUGGUGAUUGGAUAGAGAGGCGGAGGAGGAGAUUGACCAAUAGGAGCUGUCCAGGGCCGAUGGCUCCCAUUGGUCAAUGUUUUUCCAGCCCUGCACCUGCUCGGGCGAAUGGAAUUUUUCCGUUCUUUCUUCUCUUCACUUUGUGGAGAUCGCACUCUAGGACCAUGAUCACCAUAGAAACGAGGUUCAUAAUAAUUAUCAAUUUAUCCAAUCAUCAACCAUGCCUUUAAUUAUGUAUGAAAAGCUAUUAUAGUGUCUUCUGUACUAACUCAAACAUGCAUCGAAACGUACAUUUGGGUAUCGUCUGCAUAAUGCCAAAUAGAUCUGAUCCAAGCUCUAAACCCUGUGGAACUCCAAGGCUAAAUGAAGGUUCCCCCGUCCAGCAGAGUGUCCUGUUUAUUACCAGACGUAGUAAAGUGUAAUAAGAACCCUAAAUGUUGAAGCACUUCCUUUUUCUUCACCCUUUAAGAUUAACAGCUUUGUAAAUCAGACGCUUCACCCCACUGACACUUAAUGCACAGGCUGUGACUUUCACAGCAGGAUGUAACUCAGCUUGAUGAAGCUGUCUCCACCGGGUUCCACUCCUGAUCUGGUGGAAAUCCCUGCUCCCGUGUUUGGGUAAAGUUAUUUAUGUUUAGUGCCUCUUCUAGCGAGGUCUCAGCUGUUAUUCCACCCCUGCUCCGUCUUGUCUACCUUGUCACAAAGCAGAGAAAGUACUCUGAAAUACAGCCACCUCUCUCUCUCUCUCUCUCUCUCUCUACGCUCUCUACACACACAUACACAUCGGACCUCUGGCCUGAUGGAUUUGAAUUACGUGGCCACCUUCUCCUCUUCCUAAUCCCUUCAAAUGAGAGUUGUGGUCUGCCAAGGAACUCCCAGACCAGCGCACACACACAUGCACGUAGAAAAUUGUAGCCCGGUUUCCAAGUGGCCCUCUGAGAUAUUCUUUUCAGGGUUUGGUGUCCAGUGAGGGCCAACCAAACACACACACACACACACACACACAUCCAGAAUCAGGCCACACACACAGAUACACAUGAGUUAAUACAUAUGGACACGCACGCACUCACACAUCUUCUCACACAGGGGAGGGAACAGUGAAGCAUUGUUCCCCGCUUCCUGAGAGAGCCGGCAUCAGGAUCACAGGAGCUCUGUCAGCCCGGACCCUUCCUCUCUCUGGAGCCCAGUCAUCCAACUCAGUAUGGAGACUUAUGAGCGUGUCUUCUGGAUUAGAACAGGAGAAUAUCGCAGGCCAAGACGAACUAUCCAAGUUUAAGGACAGUACGUUGCUGAAAGAUUUGUGAAAGUUUCCAAAUCCAAAAAUAACAUCCUGACAGCUUGAGAAAUCUUCUCCUACUGUCUGCUCUGUUGCUGUUUUGGCUUCGACAGCCUCACAGUUUUUCUCACUAAACCAACAGUGAAGAAUUUUACAGUAACUUACCCUCAAAUCCCAAACCCCUCUCUAUGAUACCAAGAAUGGGUGAAUGAUGGCGAAUCAAAGGUCUCAAAUAAGUGAAAUAUGACAGGAUUGGUAAAAGUUACAGAACUGUAAAGAAGCUUUAAUACAGUCAAGGUCCAAUUGCGUCCUAAAUCAAGGUCAAUAUUCAAUCCCGUUUGUUGUUUUAUUAGCAUAGUCCAUCCUUACUUAAAGGGAUAUUCCGUAAAAUUAAUUUAGGGUUAAACACACCGAAACACCAAGUUAGAAACCCAGUCGAGAGAUGAAUGUUGCCGACCCUUUGCUUCUCUAGUUAUACCAACUUUAGUAAUGACCGCACGAUAGCAAUACACAGAGAGACACGCCCUCAACCAAAAUGCCACUCUAUAGCCACAAAUAAUGUUCAGAAAAGCACCUAACUUCAUCAACAGGACAUGUUGGGUCCUAGCCACCAAACAUCUUUUUAACUUUGCCUAAUUUCUUUAGCAAAGAGACUAAACUGAACUUACCCACUCUCUUCCAGCAGCCAUUUGUUGUUUGUUUUAUGGACUUUCCAUGAAAAAAAUGAUCAUAAAUGUUCUUCCUUGAGCUGUGUCACCCCGCUGUAGUCUGUAAUGGACUGGCUUGAGGUCUCGCUUCAAACAAGCGGCUGCUGGAAGAGAGUAGGUGGCUAGUACUAUGGCUAGGACCCUUUAUGUCCUGUUGAUGAAGUUAGGUGCUGUUCUGAGCAUUAUUUGUGGCGUUUUGGUUGAGGUUUGUUUAUGGCUCCUCAGACCGCUGUGUAUUGCUAUCGUGCGGUCGUUACUAAAGUUGGUAUAACUAAAGGAGCAAGCAGUUGGCAACAUUCAUCUCUCUACAGGGUGUCUAAACUUCAGAAGUGUAUAUCUCGCUGUUCGGUAGAUUGUCUAACUAGUUUUUCCUUGAAUUAUCAAUUCAGACUUUCUUUUCCAGCCUGAAUGAAAUGGUUUUGCCUUUUUUCUCGCCAAUGAUUUGCCUGGAGUGAGUUUGGCGGCGCACCACCUGAUCAGUUUGAUUAGGGCUUUCCAAUUGCCUUUAAUUACGCCAUCAAUCUUGGGUACUUUGUGUUCACAGUUGCUGCUCUGUUCUCUGAUUUUGGAAUCAGAGGAUAAAAGAUUUUGUUCAAUUUGGGACCAUCAGUUAAUUUUAUGCGAUCAAUGAAGGCCAGUUCCUUUCUGCAACAGAUUCCAACCUUAACAGCUGGAACGUAGAAAACAUUAACAGAUAACGAUGAUAAAAUAUAGAACAUUAUCUGUUGUUUGGGCUUUUGAUGGGACGGUGUGAAAGAAAUCCAAAAGGAGGGGAAAGAAAGCACAAAGUUUCCAGCCUCUAUACUCAGGGACCCCCCAAAUGUAACCACGCUCAACUUGCACUCCUGAACUUGUGAAAAAAAGUGAGAAGUUGAGCAUUUAGCUGUUGAGCCAAUAUGGCCGCCCAUCUGCUCUUGCUAUUACAUCAUCCGUGAGGCUUUCCAACUCUGUCAGGGAGCACAGGCCUUUGGGAAAUAUGAUGUGGAAACCGAGUUUAACCCUUUGUGAAGCUUCGUAGCGGAGGGGGUCGGGGAGGAUGUAUAUUUACGGACACUUCAAACCAUCGCUCCUCGACUUCUGAAUCAGAGCGGCGAUUAACCGAGUUUAUUGACACUGCGGUGAGUAACAUCGGGUCUUUCAUGUCGCUGGAUGUUUUGAGCAUGUGUGAGCCUAAUGGACUCGAAGCUCGAGGGCCAAGGAGAGGACAUCAGUUAAACACAGUUGGAAAAUACAACACUUAGGGGACCCGUCGUUGGGAUCCAAGUGUAAGACUUUGCCAAAAAAGGAGAUAUGCCAGCGCAACUAGAAAGCAGAUAAUAGGCUAGUAGUGGAAUAACGGUCCCUCUUCGGACGUUUGUUUGGGAAUUAAAGAUGAUUAUUCAAGUCUUUGUCUUGAGUCGUUCCCAUUAUAAAAACAAACUAGACAAGAAGUUCGGAGCAGUCGGGAUCCGCGCGCCGUCAGCUCAUUGAUUUGUUAGUGUUGAAUCACCGAGAGGUUCCUCAGCGUAGAGAUGAAAUGCGAGCUAAUGGGGCCAGCUUUGCAAUUUUAGGAUUUGGCUAAGUGGAGUCAAGGCUCGGGGAAGAGAAACUGCUGUCCAAGGAGCACUCAGGAGGGGAGCGAGGGGGGAUGGGUCGUUUUUUUUCCCCCCCUCCAUGUUUAAAACCUGUGGAGUGAUUCCCAGUCAUGAGUCCCUCGGUCUCUUGAGUCCCGCAUGUCCAAACUGGCCCUCCCAAACGCUCACAUUUUCCCCUCGGUCUUUCCAAACGCUUUUACUGCUAGAAAAACACGAGUAAGGGAAGUAACGCGUAAAAUCAUUGAAACCUUGAUCCGAUUUCAGAUCCUUGGCUUCAAAAGUAGUGGAGGGUAUCGCAUGGAUGCAAAGCGACGACGUUUUAAUGCAGCAGGAAUAACAGUCGGAAGAGUCAGACGAUAUAAAAGUCAGGAUCAGUUACAGGGAUGGAAAUUGAAGAGUCGGUUUGGUUUUCUAAUGGCACUGAUUUACAAAUUGAAACCGACACCAAAGUGUUCAAUGUGGAGAAAACACGAUAAAAACUCGAUCAAAAACAGAAACAAACACUCGGAAAGUUUUGAACUUUGCAUAUUUUAGAAGAACACUAAUAAACGCUGACACGAAAUCUGUUUCUUGAAAAGCUAAAUUCUCUUGAUAAAAUGUUCAACAUGAUGAAACUGACAAUUUGAAAGUGAUUAAAGAGUUAGACCGAACUCUUUUACAUCUCUAAAAGGUCUGGAAAUGGAAAUUUGCAUCGCUUUGGUUGCGUUUGUAAACAUCUGUGGGAUAGAUUGGUUUGAAAUGUGGCGCACAUGUCCGUGAUGUUGACAGGAUAAAUAAUAGUAAUGAGAUUGACAUCUAAUACAAGCAUAUUGAAUAAAACUGUGGUUUUCUCCUCAACUUUUCUGUCAGUGUUGAAUAUUAUAUUAACAGAAAGCCAAAACAAAAUUCCCUUUUUAUUUUUUUUUAGACCUAAUUUAACCGUUUAGAUUUUGUGUAUUUUUAGAUGGAAUUUAGACGUUGCACUUUAACCCAUUAUCCGAUCAACUGUGAGUUGCAUAACGGAUCUCCAAGUACUUAACCAAAGUAAUUACGAUAGCUGUUGAGCAAUAUACAGUGUAGUAUACAUAUAGCCCAGAUUUAGACUUGGUCUAAAUUUAGACGUCUAAAAAACUAAUUUUUAGACCUGUGGUAGCCUGAUUUUAGACCAGUCGCCUAGGUUAGUGGUUCUCAACUGGUGGGUCCCGACCCAAAAGUAGGUCGCGGACACGUUCUGGAUAGGUCGCGAACAGGUGGUCAAAAAAAUGAAAAUUUAAUGCGCUUCUGAUGUUUGAGAUGUCUUUUAUUUUGAAAAAUAGCUUAUUUUGAAAGGCACGCGUUAUUUCGUGGUAUGGUUUCAUAUUAAUGUGGCCUGAAUGCAGUAAAAAUAUGGUUUUUGUUUUGGUCUUUAUUUUGUCCAAUUUGAUAUUUGACAUUUUCUGUAUACGCAACUUCAUGUGCUCUGAAAUGCGCUUUACUCAGUAAGAUCGGUGUAUUUAUGUUUAAGAUUUGAGUCUUUAAAGUUUUUUUGUUUUUAUAAAAAUAGAUUAGCUUGGUUUGAAUUUUAUAAAAGUAGGUGACGGCUUAAGGACCAAUGGGAAAAUGUGGGUCCAAGAGUGAGACCAGUUGAGAACCACAGGUCUAGACUACAUUAAGACGUUUAUUAGACCUCUUUUAGACCAAAAAUUGCCCAAUAGGACACUCUAGACCAGUUAGCUUAGCAGUCCUUACAUGUGUCAACAACAUUAUCACUCAAAAUCUGUCCUGCGUAUUUGAACAUUUUCUAGGUUUCCACAACAGUAGCGGUGUUGCAGCCCAUGUGCAUGUUUACAUUCUACGGCCAUGUAGCGCCAAAAUACAGACACUGCCGAAAUUGCAGUCAGAUUCUCUAUCUGUUAAAUAAAAAUAAGAGGCCACGUUAAAAGACUUUUUAAAGCCAUCUGAAUACAUUCAAACUAUUAAGUUGCGGAAAGUCUUUGCUAGCUUAAACAUAACCAACUAAAAGUAUACAGUUCGCAGGUUUGUUAGCUUGUUGUCUACUUAAGGUUUUGAUAUAGUUACGUAAGUUUGGUCAAGUUUUAAAGUUACCUAACCUAAGUUUGAGUCUGUUAUAUAACUUAUGAACAUGAUGAUCACUUUGUUGAUGCCAGCCUGACCACAGAUUAUUCCAUUACAUAACCACAAUCGCACUUCUGGUAAGUGAAACUUAAUAACACCGGAUUAUGUAACUUUGAUAAUGUUGUCGGGUGAGUCGAGGUAUUCACAAUCUGUCAAUCAUGUCAGCUAUUUACUGCAGUGUGUUGAUGUUCCCACGCCUGACCGGUACAUUUAUCGUAACUGAAACUAUUGUUAUUGUGAGGUGAUGAUUAACAGCGAUUUAAAGUUCGGAGACUUUGACGAGAAAGGCCUCUUCCUGGCAACAAAUCCAAAGAAACUGGACAAUUUGAGAAAUAUAGUCACCCCCUACUUACCCUUCUUACUAUAAAGUUUUUAUGCAGCUUAAAAACUAUAUAAAUCAAGAUACUGCUUAGAGUACUCUGUGUACUUUUGUGUAGUCUUGUUAUACACCAACAGAGCGUUAAGUCUUUCUCUGAUGUUUGUUAUCUCCUCCUUACUCACAUGAACAGAAACCUCCCAAAACUUAAUGGACACACUAAACACACUGACCUCCUCACACACACACACACACACAUGCACAGACACACACAUAGAUUCCCUGUGAAGUCUAACCUCGUAUAAAGUCCUCCUCAAUAACUAUGAAUCUGUCGACCAGAACCACAAAAAAAAGCAGGGAGUGUGUUUUGUCAGAGGCAGAGAUAAAAAUCCACUUUCACUCCAUCUGUUGUGUCAAGCGGGCUCCCAUCCACUCAUGCAUGUGUGAGCCUCCCCCCCCUACACUUCACGCCGCGGUAGCUGUCAUCACACGCCGGCUCGCACAAUAGACGGCGUGUCUGGACCCGGACUCCGCAGUCAGCAGGAUUUUUACGGGAUGUGCUCUGAUUGUACGCAGAUGAUGUGACGACCUGUUGCACUUCCUUUUCUCUCAUCGCAUCAAUGGGAUACGUGAAGGUUUAUGGAGGUCCUGCACAGUCCUGCACAGUGGGGGGUGAUAAAAUAGCCUGAAAUUAAUAUGCAUGUCUCCAUAAAAGCUAAAGGCUAGUGGUGCUAGCUCCGCUAAUCUGUCUUGCCUUUGGUUCUACUCGUAUCGGGUUAUCCGCUGCUUUCCAGGUUGAUCUUGUUUGUAGUCCCUCCAGAACCUGGUCUGGGUUUGAUACUCGAGGAGAAGUUUUCCCGUUUGUAUCUUUACUUGAAAGCAGAACUCUUGCUUUCGCCGGUUUCCCUCAGUUUUGUUUUGUUGUAUUCGUUCUGUCACAGGAAUUCGGCUGGAUUAAUGUCAUGUGUGUGUGGUCGGACUCUUAAUAACUUGUUGUCCUAAUGUUUAAACUAAGAAACUUUUUCCAGAGAGCAUCUUCUUCUUUUUUACUCGGUUUACGCUGAUUAAUCGAAAACACGUUCGGACAAAGAAAGAGACGGAUGAGUGUUUUUAUUAAAUAUUUUGCUCGCCCGGUCUUUGACAGAGUCCGGAGAAACUUCAAGUCUCUCAAACCAAUUUUUAUACCCAGUUAUUAGCUUGGAGGUGUUUUCAUUUUAACAUUAAACAACUUUUUCCAUGUUUUUAAAUCUUAAACCAAACGUUUCUGAAUGGUACGACAGAGUAUUAGAGCCUCAUUAAGAGGAAAAAAUUGAAUACUCUGAGAUUAAGGUCAUUAAUUCAUGAGAUAAGUCAUUACUAAUGAGAAUGAAGUUGUAAUAAAGUCUUUACUGACGUGAAUAAAGUCGUAAUAAAAUCAUUACUUAUUUACAAGAAUGAAGUCAUAAUAAAAUUAUUACUAUUUUACGAGAAUAAAGUUGUAAUAAAAUAAUUACUUAAAAGAAUAAAGUAGUAAUAAAUUCAUUAUGAUACUGAUGACAAUGUGGUUUACUUUGUUACGAAUUGAUUCUAGUAAUUACUUUAUUACAACUUUAUUCUCGUCAAUGAGCAACAAAUUUAUUCUGACUUUUCUUAUGCAAUAACUUAAUCAUAACUUUAUUCCCAUAAGUUAAGAUUUUAUUACGACUUUAUAUCGGAAGAAAUCACUUUAUCGCGACUUUAUUCUCAUAAGUAACAAAAUUAUUCCGACUUUAUUCUCGUAAGUAAAGAUUUUAUGACGACUUUAUAUCGGAAGAAAUCACUUUAUCGCGACUUUAUUCUCGUAAAUAAGUAAUGAAAUUAUUUCAACUUUAUUCUUGUACGUAAAGAUUUUAUUACGACUUCAUUCUCCGAAGAAAUUACUUUAUCAUGACUUUAUUCUCUUAAAUAAGUAACGAAUUUAUUCCAAUUUAAGUCUCCUAAGUAAUAACUUAAUCACAACUCUAUUCCCGUAAGUUAAGAUUUUAUUACGACUUUAUUCACAGAAGUAUUGAUUUUAUUCUGACUUUUUUUUCUUGAGUAAUUACUUUACAUCAACAUUAUUCUCGUGAGUAAAGAUUUUAUUACGACUUUAUUCACAGAAGUAAUCCCUUUAUUUUGACUUUAUCCACAUAAAUAAAUAAAUAAAUAAAUAAAUAAAGAUUUUAUUCUGACUUUAUUCUCGGAAGUAAUGACUUUUUUUUUGUAAAUAAUGACUUUAAUCUUUAAGACUUCAUUUUUUUUUCCUUAAUGUGGCUCUAACACUCUAUAAUAUAAAGGGGACGCUGAUUAUAAUUAAAAUUGAGGUUAUAUUUACCAUAAAACUGUUGGAUUAAUAUGUCGCCUUUGCAACAUUUUCAAUUAGUUUUGGGAUUUAAAUGAUUGAAAAACCACAAAAACCCUUUUUUAACAGGGUCUUGUAGACGUAGGGUUGUAUUUGCUGUUUAUUCUUGCAUGCUGUUGUUGAAUCGUUGUGUGCGAAUGCAUGACUCAGACUUUAAUUACAAUAUUAAUCUUUACGACGAUAUAAAAUGGUUUUAUAAUAAAACUGCGUUUUCCAAUAACGAUCACAGGUGCAGAUUUUUGUGGAAAAUUAAAAAGUUGGAUAUUAAAAAAGUCCGUUUUAAGUUUUAUUUUGGUGCUAAAGUAUAUUUGAUGCGGUUGCUGCACAUGUUGCAUCAUUUCUGGAUGGAGUACAGCUCUCAUAAGGAAGCGUCCUUCCUGCAAACUAAGUAUUUAACUGGAAUGAGCGCUAACCGGAUUUAUGGCAUGUGUGUGUAAUUGCUCUCAUUAUUAUUCGCAGCUGAAUAGAAAAGAAGCCACACUCACACACACACACACACACACACACACACACACACACACACACACACACACACACACACACACACACUGAGUCUGCUGAGAUGCGGCCCCCAAAGAAACUCAGCUUUUCCCGUAAGCGCCCCGUCGUCUACAUUCAGACACAGUUCCUGCUAUCUUUGGAAAAGAGGAAAUCUGCUUAUGCAUCAACAUGACGGAGAGAGAGAGAGAGAGAGAGAGAGAGAGAGGGAGGAAGAGGACAGGUUUCAUUAGAAAGAAGAGGUCGAGCGGAAAGAAAUUAAUAAAAAGAAAAGAAGAGAGGUGAAGGAGUGCAGCUCUGUAAUCUCCCCCUCCUCAUCUCUGCUUGUUAUAGAGUCAUUAGGAGGGCUUUCAGACCGUGACGCUUACAACCUCCCUGAAGGGCACACACACACACACACAUAAACACACACACAGACGCACACAAGUUUCCUCCACAUCCCAGUUCCCAAAGACGUCUCAGUCGACCCCUGCUGCCCGAAAUGAGACCAAAACAUCUCGUAUUUAGGGUGGAAGCGGCUGCCAAACAGGAGGCGUAACAAAACAGACAAAGAAGGAACAAUUUCCCCUCCGUCUCUGAGGGAUCGCUGAUUUAAUUGUCUCGUUAGAUGUCUGGUUAUUUGUAUGUAUACGUGAGCGUGUGUGUGCUCAGACUUCUGAAACUGAAGGAUGAAAAAGUUGAGAGUAAAGAUCCACCUGCAGGAGGCGGAGAGAGUGAUGGUUGAAGAGAGUGAAUUUGUCUUUGUCGCUGGUCUUUUUUGGGUUGGUUCGGCUGACAUCUCCUCCACCUAAUCCUGUCUCAUUGUGUCUUUGCGGUACAGGUGCGUAGUCAGGGUGUCACGGAGGAGCUGAAGUGUCUGAGUUUACUCAACGCUCUGGACAAAGACCAGGACAUCCCCGACCAGCUGGCCCAGCUCUUCGGAGAGCCCUGCAUCAAACUGGCUGAAGGCAUCAAAGCGUACAUCUCCAAGGUAAGAGCGAAACCUGAAGAGAGUCCGCGCUAUCAGGUUUGAGAGGCAGGGGCCUUAGGCUUGGUGUGCUUCCUCAGUCUGAUUGGUCGAUCAGAUUGAAUGCAACUGUUGAACAGUACAAGCUGAGAUGGUUUGAGCAUCCAACUCAAUAAUCCAUUGGAAAGCCAACAAGGAGGCAAGUUUUAGCACUUUAUAUGCUGGAAGUUCAUCCAGAGAGAACUUCUCCAAGUUUCCUACAAUGGAAGGAAAUCCAGAUGGCACUUCUUUUUACCCUAGAGCCACCUACAGGACAUCUUGAGACUUCUUUUUCUAAAUCAAAGUUGUUUUUGGAUGUGUGUAGGUAGGCUAUGGAAAGACAGGUGAGGAGAUGGAGGACGGUUCAAAAGUUGUAGCGGCUGAAGUAGACAAAGUUAAUGUAGGAGGGGGUGAGCAGCUUGUGGAGUAGUUAUCGUCCAUUUAUCGUUAUCGAGGUGAACUGAUCAAUAUAUCGUGAUAUUGAUUUGAGGCCAUAUCGCCCAGCCCUAUAACCAGGUUUGAAUGUUUAAAAAAGAAACCCAAUACUCCAUACCCAAUCAACUCAAUUCUUAAACUCUUACAUCAACGAAUCGUUGACCAGAAGAAGUCCCUAAGUCAUCUGUCGCACCCUGAUUCAUGGAUUGGCCCCAGAAGUGAGGCCAACUUCGACUCGAUCUGCUUUGUCAAUAUGAUAUAUAUGACAUGAUAUUGAUUUGAGGCCAUAUCGCCCAAACCUAUCUGAUCGUCAAUCAAUCGAAAUGUAAAAAAAUUCUACCUACAGGUCGUCCUGAAUGUGUAUUUUUAGGUUUUCUUACAUUGGAAGGAAAUCUAGAGGGUCCUUUUUACAUUUGAGGGCACUUUGUCGCGUUUUUAUUCUUCUUGAUUGUGAAAGAAAGUUCCUCAGGCGAGUCUCACAUGGUCACGUAUGGAGAACUCUUAUCUAACACGGUCCCAGAGUCCAUCAAAUAAGUCGUCUGUAGAUAUAAUGAUCUACUUUUUACUUUGACGUGAUGUAGUUUUCAACCUCUUCACACUCUGCUGACCCCCGGGGUUCAGAACAGAUGGGUUACAGUAAGCUGAGAAACAUCUGUGGGGACUGAUGCGGAAACUCUGGGUGGGUCUAAUUGGGCGUAUUUGUCAUCGACCUUCAGCUACGAGGGGGUAUUGUUCAUCUCGUAAAAGCAUGUGUGUUUGAUUGAAUCAUCUCAGAUGACCAGGAUGAGCUUGUCUUCCUAAGUGAUAACAUCUUUGGCAAAUCAUCCAAUUAAAGGUUAAAAAUCUGUGAAUUUUAGGGACUUUUUGGAGCUUUUACGGUUUAUUAAAACUAAAUUUAAGAAUAGUUUGUUCUUUUGUCGGGGUCUGGAUGUUCCCAUGUGAAUUUUAAAGGUAAUUCAAUCUCCUCGGUGACUUUGGCUGAAACACAAACUUUUGCAUGACUCUGAAACAAGAACAGAACGUCCAAUAGGACGAAAUUAGACUUAUUAAAGAGCAGAUCUGAUUCAGAAACUGAAUUUUGAUGGAUGUAAUUCUUCGUUUGUUCUCUUCAGACGAGUUUUAGCAGGUCACAGUCUGAGUAGUUGGUGACAGCGAUGGUUUAAUCUGUAAGCAUCGUUGUUGACAGCGUCAGUCGUCGGGUAUUACCACCGUUGAGCCUGUUUUUGCUACAAGUCGACUUUUAUUGGCUCUUACUUGUACCUACACGAGUCAAGAGCCGUGUGCCCCGGGCUGUUUAAGAGCACACACGCUGAUCUCCAAGUAAAAAUCUGUCCGUCUGGUCAUCUGUUCGGAUUCAGUCUUAUUGGAUUUUUCAGUAAAACGACAUCUGAGGUUGAAGUUGUGAAGUUAAGUCCAGGCGUUUGGAUUUAAUGAGGUCUUUGUAAGUGAUUUGGUGCGAAGUGUUUCUUCUCGGGGGAAAUUAAGACGAAUGUCUUCACGCAGCGCUUAAUCCGUGACGAAUGAGAGGUUUAAAAAUACGCUGAAUCAAACUCACACAUGACAGAGGGUUAGGGUCUAAAAAAGUCAUUAUGCUCUUUCAGCUCCUGGUAGAAGCUUUUACGGUCGAAAAACGAGCAAAAUAGACUCCACAAGGGGGCGCCAAAUUUGAAACAAACUAGAAGUUCCUCGUGAAGCUUUAAAGAUUCAAGUUUGACAUCAGAAUUUGGACCCGGAGAGCAAAGACAUCUGCCAAAGCAAAUGUCCAAGUGGAAUCAGACCCAAAGUUUAACGGGUUCUUCCGCCGAUCCACCAAGUUUUAUGAAAAACAGCCGAGUCGUAUUUUAGUUGUACAAAGAGACACCGGAGAAACGAAGGGUCCGACCUCUUGGUUUCUGCCGCUCAGAUUCAAACAGUGAAGCGAAUGUCAGAGUUAGUUUUAAGCACCUUAACGGCCUCCAUUAGGGUUGUUUUCAGAGCACCAGUCCUUUCCACUUUAAGGCUAAUUUAGCUUAAUUGUUGUGCAGCAGCUACAUGUGAUUAAAGUGGCCAUUAUUCCCAAGAUCGGGAGUCGUAAUCCCCGGGCUCCUUGUGUCCACAUGUCAAAGUGUCAUUGAGAAAGACACUGAUCCUUUAAAUUGCUCCUGAUUGUGCGCACAUUGGGGAAAAUUGUGAGCCAAUUUGUAGGAACGUGUGAACUGAGAGUAAUGUCUUUGUGUUGAAACACUUCGGCCCCGGGGCGCGCUCACCUUCCCAUCUGCUGCUGCUGAGUUCAGCGUUUAAACACCUGGAAUCACUCGGCUUUGAUAAGUGGGAUCUGACAUGAGAUGUUUUCACCGAGCAGAGAUUUUUCACAGGCCCAACAUGAUGGAUCUGAACCCUGAUAGAUCCUGGAAAUAUGAACCAAGAUCUGACUGUACUUGCAGUUGUAAAACAAAAAUAGACAAUUUUUCCUGAGAUAUUACAGACCUGACCUGAAACAGACAAGAGAGUGAGUAUGUCUAACCAAAAUCAGACAAGUCUUGGAGCUAGAAUUUAAACUAAAUUAUCCAGAACCCUGAUGGAGACUUUGAGUGACCAAACUUUCCACUUUGAUGCAAAAAAAUUUCUGCAGUGGUCUUAAAAAUAAACACUCUUUGUUCAAACCUGGUAACAGUAAAGACAGUUUCAUGGCAAAAAUAUUUGUUAGGCUUAGGGGACUGUGAGCUGAGCUGCUGCUACCCUAAACUCAGUUUGUUUCAAGCAUUGCUCCUAAGGUUUGAAUCCAUUUUUUCAAAAACUGGAAAGAAAAGAAGCAUUGAAAUACAAAAAAACCCAAAUAAACAACAAAAAAACAGGUUUUCCAGGGCUGUGAGCUGAGCUACUGCUACCUCAAACUCAUUUUUAGGCAUUUUUAAAAGUUAGAGAUCCGUAACUUUUUAUAUCUCAUGAGGUUUUUAGUUAUAAAAAUAUUUUAAAAAGGCAAAAACAUCAACAUGAUGAUAACAGAUGCGACUCAAGGGGCUGUGAGCUGAGCUACCAAUACUAUAUAGAUUUUUUUAAGCUUCUUUUUAAGUUAGAGAUUUUUCAUUUUUUUAAAUCCAUGUGAUAUUUAGUUUGAGCAGAGUUUAACUUUAAAGAGGAAAAUGAAAGGCAUUACAGUUCAGGUUCAGUGUUGUUGGGGGCUGUCAGCUGAGCUACUGAUACCCUAAACUCUGUUUCUUAGCUCCUUUUUGAAGUUUGAGAUCCCUUGCUUUUUGAAGUUUAAGAGAUAAAAAAGCACUCAAUUCAAAAACCACAGAGCGUUCAAAAACGCUCUAUGACGUGUUUUCAGGGGCUGUGAGCUGAGCUACAACUACUGUACACUCAGUUGUUUUUUUAAGCUUCUUUCUAAGGUUAGAGUUUUUUUUGUUUUUUUAAAUGUAUGCAAUUUUCAGUUGGAGCAGAGUUUUACUUUAAAGACAAAAAUAAAAAUCACUUACAGUUAAGGUUCAGUGUUUUCAGGGGCUGUGAGCUGAGCUACCGAUACCCUAAACUCUGCUUUUUGGCUUCUUUUUGAGGUUUGAGAUCCCUUGCUUUUUGAAGUUUUAGAGAAAAAAAGCACUUACUGUUUAGGUUCAGUGUUUUCAGGGGCUGUGAGCUGAGCUGCUGCAAUUGUAAACUCAAGUUUGUUUCAAGCUUUUGAUCAGGGUCAGAGAUACUUGCCUUUUUAAAGACUUUUAUGUGGAACAAACCAUAAAAACUAUAAAGAAAUAAUAUGACAUAAGCAUACCGAUGCUCUUUGACGUUCCCUCAGGGAGUCUGAGCUGAGCUGUUAUUACUUAAAGCUUGUUUUCCUGUUAUAAAUAUAGAUCUCUAACGAUUGAGGGCAAUUAUAUUUUAAAUGCUGUGGGUUAAUUGGAAAGAGAUGGCGCCAGAAUCGAAUAACACGAAAAAUUAUUAAGCUGGAAAUGAUUGUAGGUCCAGCUGCCACGCGUCACAUUUGGAACAUGUUGAAAACGUUUGGUGUGACAUCCAACUGCAAGUAGGACCAAAAAGCAAAUCCAGAAAUCAUUUAUAUUUAGAAACAACCACGACAUGAAGAUAUCUGCCAUCCUGCGCAUUAAUAAUCACAAAGCCGUUUAUGAAUAGUCCCUGUAUGUAUGGGCCUCCUCCAGGCUCCAAACUUUGGUCUAAACUUGGAAGUCACAUGGGUUCAGACAGGCUCACUGAUAUAAUUAAAGCCACACACUCCUGCAGUCAGAGAACAGACUGUGACUGACACACAAUAAUGUCAGACUCCCCCUCAGUGCGGAGGUUGAAUCAGCAUGAAAAUACCAAUGACCCCGGGCAGCUGCGGUUUAAGAGUUCCCCGUCACUCACUCUAACACACACAAACACAAACACUCAUUCAUAAACCCUGUGAGUCACUCCCACAAUAUGAGUCGUCUUUUUGGAGACGCUGCCAGGACGACUUUUCCCACUUAGUCUGAACGUCUGGGCGCUUACAGGGGUAUAUCCUCAUCCUCCUCAUUUCCUAUCGUCUGUCUGUGUUCAAAGCGGCGCUUUCUCGAGGCCAAUUUCUUGCCUUCUUCGUCUUUCUUCUGCUCUACUUGCUCGAUACAAUCAGGGAUCUGCUCUUUAAACCCAAGUGGACGGGAACGGGAAUGUCUAGUUUUCCCUCCAGUGUAAACAGGUUAUCUGGAAGUCCGUGAAAUUGCUGGUGACGCAUAUUUUUAAACUGAAAAAGAGGAGAGAAGUCGAAACUAACCUAGUUUUACAACUUUGCUCUGGUUUACUUUAACAAAGACGCCUCAGAUUUGGUUAUUUCUUGUUGUUCUUCGGUUUGCGUCACUCUUUGAAAACUUUCCAAAAAGUUAUAGUGGAGAUAAAACGCCUAAAAUAGCGGUUAAAAAAAGGAGCUGGCGGAUCAAGCAGACACUGUCUAUUGUCUCAUAAAAUACUUCUCUGGGAUCGACUCGUGAUCCAGAUUUUAGUAGCGGGUUUUAUGAAGAUGGAUCAUGAGGCUGAAAGGCAAUUACACACCAAUACACACCAAUGAAUCACACCAAUGUUAUGAAGUUCAGCUGUGCAUAAUCUGUUUAGCAAUCAAAGCUCUAAUUACCGAGCCAUGAGGACAUGACCCCAGUGCUGUUUUUACCGGAGGCAUUAUCACCACGUUUACUGCCAAAAGUGCUCAGAAACCAUCGGAGAGCUAGCUGGGAGUGGAUGUGUUAUGCCAAAUUGGGAUAAUGGUGGUUAUUGUCGGAGUUCAGGGGAUUACAGAGCCUUAAAUCAGUGCCAUGCCUUUUCCAACGCACAGGACAGAAUUCAUGGUCGACAUGAUGAAGCUGGAAGGAUGAGGCUUGGCUUGACCACUCCCUCUAAGAUGAGUGUCUGAAACUGGGAAUCAUAACAGUCCUAAUAACUUUUGGGCCAGGUAGAUCAAGAAACCCUUGGUAUGCCAGAUGGUGUUUGACCGUUUACAAGAAGUCCUUGAUCGGUUUGUUGACAUUCGUGGUUGUCAUCUCACCAUCCCAUGAAAUUCGGUAACCUGACCAAAGCACUGUGAUUCUUAUGACCGGUCUGAUUUGUCCUGAUCUGCUUUCUUGCUGUGAGAUUCAAGAGAAGAUGGGAACCAGUCUGCGUCUUCCAUUGAAGCCAGUUAGCCUAGUUUAGCUCAAACGCCAGGGGCAAAGGGGAACCAUUCGCCUGGCCCCAUCUGGUAGGACAAGAAAGUUGUCCAAGCAGGAGCGCUAGAACCAAAAAUACGACAAAAAUAUUAGGUUUGAUCUUGUGAAAGAGUGUCAGACAAGUCGUUUCUACCAUAGCCGGAGCCAUACUUGACACCCUUCCAUUGAGAUCGCAAAAAGUUGAUCCUAAAUUCCCAAUCACACAACUUUGAAGUAGGGAUGUUCUGGUCUGAUAUCACCAAGAAAAGAAAUAUCAGAUUAUCUCGGCCUGCAUCUAAAAUCUCUGAUAUAAGCACUUUGAUACAAGCAGUCCAUUCCAGACUCCACUCCAGCACCUCUAGCUAGCAGGAGUGAUGUCAGCUGUGUGGCAGUAUUUUUCGUUAAAAUCCGAAAAAAGACGUAGCUAAAUGCAAAACUUGUCAUGCACAAGUUGGUGCCAAUACCGGAUGAAUAUCGGUAUCAGCCAAUAAUGAAGGCUACAAUAUCAGGUAAGUAUUGGAUGUACUUUUAAGACAACACAACCUCUCUAAACCAACUGAUUUUAAAGGUGUUGAAAUCGGAGAAUCAAGUUCUGGCAUGUCGGAGUGUAGCUUCUAUGGACUUUCUGUGUAAGAGGCACGUCCCAGUUGUAAAUGUGUUGCGAAGGGCUCGCAGGAUGAUGGAGAUACUUUCCCCGGGGGCAAAUAAAGGUCAAGUCCCAGUGACGGCACUGGUUGCAGCCGGUUGGUUCAGCUUGUUGGUGUCUUAAAGGCAUCCCAGCUGUUGAAGCGAACAGGUGCUGGGGAAAGCUCCAACCGCGGCUCUGCACUGCUUCUCUAAGACUUUUGAUCCAGUACUAUUGCAGUGUGUUGAGAAAUUUAGACUUGGACGGAAAUGCUUAAGUCUUGACAUGUAACAGGAACACUAUCAGGUCAAAUUCAGAACGAAUGGUCGAAUAAUAUCAAUUUAUUGUCAGAUUAGGGGUUUAAAGUACCUAAAGUAAGCAAUUAGUUAAAAAUUCAGUCAUUUGGAAUUAAAUCAGCCCAAACCAGAUCUCUCUGAUAGAUGCUCUCUGAACCUCGCCAUCUACUAUCAAGAGUAAAUGGAACAAAAAGAGGAGGGAAAACUCAAAACGAAUGAAAAUAAAGACAAGAAAGUGGAGCAUUUUUGCUGCUUUGGCUUCAUUUCACCAUCUGGGAAUCAUCAAAAAGUGUUCAUAGAUUCCUCUGAACUGAAGCAAAUAGGAUCAGGAAUGAUUGAUGAUGACGGUGUGGCAAAUGAGCACCAUAAUUUUGGCGUGAAACGAUGAAGAUAAAGCCGAUUAUGUCGACCGAAGUGAUAGAUACGAGUGAACUGACAGACGUUGGGGGAAAAUAAAGGAAUCGCUGUACGAGAGAAAAAAACCAAGAAGGAAAGAAGGUAUUAAAACAAGGAGCUAGACAGGAUCCAUAAAAAUGAAGCAGAUGACAGGUUUGGAAAGUGAUGGUGCUGCGGGUGAAGAAAAAAUAAAAGACGAGGGGAAAAAGUUUAAACAGAGUGAGAAACCAAAGAUAUUUUUACAGUUAUGAGGUUUGAACUCGCGGAGGCGGAAGAAAAGAACGGAAAAUAACGAUACGGCCGAGUUCAGAUUUGGGUUUUAUAUGUAGGCCUGUUCGUCUGUUAUUACCCCCACUCUUUGAGCUUGAUUAUGAUUGGUCAAAACUACAUAAUAAUGAGGAUUAAAGGGUAAUGACAACCUAAAUCUUCAAUUGAAUUACCCGAUGGCAAACCAAUAAGAGAUGUCGCAAUUUGGCUGUUGGUUCGAAGUCAUGGGUGGGCUAUUCUCUGAGAACGGCAAUCCGGAGGGGAAUCAUUUGAAUCCACAUAACCACCCUUUCACAAUACAUUAUUUCAUUAUGAUACGAUUGGUGCAUUUCGUAUAAACGCGUAAAGCUAUCCUGGCAAACGUCAAUGGCGAAGAUCUGUUGCGUAUCGCGAACUCCUCAGAAUUCGCACUUUUAAAGAGUUAUUGUUGGAUUGAUUCUCACUCACCUUGUCUUUUCUACUGUUUUAAAAAAAGAGUAUCUUAUACACAUGGAUGGAAAUUGGAUGGAUGGAUUAAGAACUCCGUCCAAGUUUGAAGCUGGAAAAGAACCAGAAGAGGAUUUAGAUGAAGAGGAGGAGGAAAGAGACAGCUGUGCGCUCCUGGAGUUUCCUUCUGGUUUUGGUCUCCUAAAUUGGAGAAUCCAGCUCCUGCGCUCUUUGAUCUUCUUGUAGUUCAAAAAGAAAUAAACGCUUACAGGGGGGAGUCCAGAGUUUAUACACUUCCAUGUCAAAGUGAGAGACGGUGAGCCAAAAAGGAGGAGCAAAAGGGACUUGAACCGGGCCGGGAGGAACAACAGAGAGGGAUUUAGGAUGGCAUGCGUGUAACUCCUCUCAGGUAUUCGGAUCUUAAUCUCUCAGCUCCUGCAGAGACCUGAGUAACUUUCCUUCAUUCCUCUACCCCGCUGAUCCCGGUUUGAGACAGCAGUGAAGCAUGUGCACCUGCUGGGACAAACUGCCGAUACAUCAGCUCCCGGUUUGCAGAUGUAGUGGAGGAUUAACGGAGGAUAACGCUUCCAUCCCAGCGGGAAUCUGAUAACCGUUAGCUUAAAUUCCAGUUGAGAGCAGUUUAGCGCAACUUUAACGCCACUCUCAUCAACAGAGGCAGCAUGUGUCCCGGAGUUUAAGACAAUGCCUGUUGUUUUAUUGUAUUUUCACAGACAAAACCGAUGAAGACAAGAGCAGCAGUGAUCUUUUGUGGUAGACUGUUUCUCCUUGGUUCAAAAAGUCAAAAACUGAGCACUGGAAGGAUUAACUUUGGUUUUAAGGUGUUAGAUGAAGUUUGGAAAUAUCAGCCAAGACCCAAAAGACAUUCCUUUAGAUUUAUUGGAUUUGGAAAGCGGCCGGGAGGAUAAAGUGAUCAUAGUUUUGUCUAAAAGGUGGUAGGAAUCCUGUCUCUGUAGGAAGACAGAUGAGGAAACUAUUUAACCUUGUUAAAAAAAGAAGUAAACCCAUAAAGUUUAAAGAGUUCUUGGACUUGUAAUCGAGGAAAUUCCAGGUUUAAGAUAACUUAAGUGACCGUUACGAGGCUUUUGACCAUGUCAGGUGGUCUUUGUUGCUCAGGAGACACAUCAAGGUGUUUUUGGACGGUUUGAACCCGUUGAACCUAAAGCUCCUGAGAUGAGUUUUUCCCUUGACCAAUGGAAGAUCAAACCUAUCUUCUUAUCUUGCACCGCAGGAGCUUUUGGUCUUCAAUGGCCACCAAAGGGUAGGUGGUAAGAAAGGGGGCAUUUUAAUCUGGAAUCUUGAUCGAUCAGUUCAAGGUCCUUGGUCAAGUCCAAAUUCCUGCAGUCAAGAGAUCCUGUCAAGAAAACGUGGGUAACUCAAGAUCCUCCCACCUUAUUUUCUGUGAGGUUUGAACUUGGGACCAUCUGGUCUUUGUAGAGGUUUGCAGUGAGGUCAAGAAUCGUCCUUGGUCCAUGGUACCUCAAAGACCCUUCUUUGAACUUUGCGAUGAAGACCAAGGGGAACAACUGGUGACGAACCUUGAGUAAAGACGUCAAGAGGCCAAGAAAAGGUUUUAUUAGGUAGACAAAUAAAUCGAUGGUAAGCAAACAUCAUAAAUUCUGUCUGCGGACAGAUUUAUUGUCUUAUAUUGCCAUUACAAGAUGAAUUAUCACGAGCUGUACUUUAUUGACUAUCGUCCCGUCACACUCCAGCGUUUCAUUUCUUAUCGAAGUUUAGUUUCCUUGGAGAAACAAAGCUCCACCGGCCUCUCUUUGUCUGACUCAGACUCAUUGUGGUGCCGUAUCUCUGAAUCUGCUCCGUGUCAAAGCUCUGAUGUCAUGGCGAAUAUUUGGCCUCCGCUGCUGAUGCAAAGCAGCUGUUUUGACAUCGCGGGUCAGGGUGUGGACGGACACUCUGAGGGCUUCGAACAUCAUGGGAUUUGGCUCGGAAAGAAGCCGUUAUGAGGGCAGGCAUGAGUCUCUUUGGUUAUUGAUGAGCUGAAAAUGAGUUUCUUGAAUCUUAACAGAUUUGAUUAUCCGUUAAUCUCUCUCCGCUUGUCUUCUGUUUUCCUAAUGAAAGACUCUGUGUUUCCAAAAAGCUAAACCUCUUUGUUUGAAGAACCUCAAAGAAAGCUCUUGACAUGAUCCGCUACCAAGAAAGGGACAGUAAACCGUAAGUCAUUGAUAGAAGUAAAAAGUCAACGGGACACAUGACGUGAAAGUUUUACAUAAAGCGUUGAAGUUUUAUUACCUCCAAGGUUUUUCGGACUUGUGGGUUUCGCCCAUGAGGAAACUAAAAUGACUGACAUCAAUAAGCGUCAGUAAGUGUAGUCAUUGAAUAUCAAUAAGCCUUUGACUGUAAAUAUCAUUAGCUUAAUGGGGCCCAAAUUCUCAGUCGUUGUUGCUUGUCCUACCCGAACACUACACUAAUUGUGUUUCGUUGAUCAUGUGUCUUCUCCAUGUGACUUCCAAAAGACUCAAACAUGCACAUGAUGUUCCACCGAAAACACGGAGCCCGUCGGCCAUGCAUGGUUGUCCCGGCAAUUUGGCAUCUUUAAGAGAUGUAUUCAAACCGUCGUAAAUGACACAGUCCAAAGCCUGUGGAGCAGAGUGAACGAAGACGGGUGCGACAAGUAGGAUUUGGGCGCAACAUGAAUCAGACCAAUCAAGUAGAGCAGCAAAACCUCAUUAAUCAUGUCAAACGCAAGAUAGACAGACACUAAUUGACAGAUAUGAUGCACCAUCAUCAGUGGUGGUUUAGCUUUGGUGCCGCGCAGGGCCAAGCGGAGAGCCAAAUACAGACAUCUGCAAGCCCAACGUUCCAAUAAAUUCUGGAUUUGAUUAAGAUACCAUCAUGUCUAGGUUAAAGGUAGGGUAGUCAGGAUCUGAGGAAGUGUCAGUUUUUUGGGUGAAAUCUUGAAUGGAAACUCUACCCCUUCCAAACAGUUUUCCCCUCAGCUCCUCCCCUCUACUCCAGCAAGCCCCGCCCACAAACAGAUAACAGAUAAUUACAAAUGGAACCCAGUCAAGAUGAAAGUCAAAAGCAUUGGUGCUACUGUAGAUGCCAACAGACUACCAGCAAACACAAUGUUUGCAGGACUUCUACAACGAGGAUAAAGUGACAUAGUCCAGGACCCGAGGGAGGACAGUUUAGCGGCGCUACAACAUGCUACAGCAGGUCCGUUUGACAAGAAACACUUACAGAAACGCCCCCCCAUCAUUGUUGUAGCUCUUGUCCGGUCUACCUCCUUUUUAAGCGCCCGUUAUUCCUCCAGAGUCUCCGGUAUUUACUUUGUUUUCUUGCUUGUGUUGGCAGUCGUGGCUAAAGGAGGAUUCAGACAAUUUUCCGAACUUUCUGGUUGGUUUCUACUGUCCGAUAUUGUAGCACGCUAACUUUGUUUGGGCUCGUGAACGACACGGGGGAACAGCGUCUGCCUCACAACCAAUCAGGUUGAGGGAGACAGAGAACAGCUUUGUUAAUAGUCAGAAAGAAAGUCAAAAUGUUGACUACACAGACGUAUCAAAACACAGCGAUAUCAUUAUAUUCCCAAAUGUCAUCAAUAACUAAUAUCUAUUGACUGAUGGUAAAAUCUUUUUUGUAUAUACACCACAAAAAAUAUGCUUCUUUAACGGAAUCCUGGCUACUCUACCUUUAACUAACUAUUGCUGACUCAACUCUAAAAGGCUCUUACUGACGCCCUCAAUGCCUAACAGCAUGUCAAAUGAUGAAAUGGACUUAUUUACCAAAGCUGACGCACAUCCUGCCCCCCUAAAGGCAGCCGUUAUAUCACAAUGUCCUCUCACAGUCUCUUUUAUGCAAGCAGGUGGUUCCAUGAAACAUACUGUUCGACAUUAAAACCUGCUCAUCUUCUCCGGACCUGAGGGGUCCACGCUCAAUCGAAGUUCAUCCGUCCUUCAUGCAUUUGUCUACGCUGACUUUAAAUACAGAGCUAUCACAGUUUUUGACCUCGUGUUGCAAGAACACGUCGUUCCGUCUGAAGAUGCCCCUCAUUCAUUCGCUUGUAACCGUCUUUGGAUGAACAAAAGGACACUGAGAACAAAAAUACAUGCGGUUUCGGAUUUACAAGAAGAUUUUGUAAGUGGGUCGGAAUCAUUUUUAGACGCCCAAUUCCGUACAAAAGAAACGAAGCUCAUGAGAUUACGAAGACGUCAGUGUGGUCGUCUUUGGCCGAGUUCAGGAGGAGUUUAGGAUUACGGAUGUUAUAGCUUGAAGAGAAAAGUUGUAAAGUUGUAUAAACUUUGUUGAUGAAGAGAUGUAGUGUUUGAGCGGUGAUGUAACCGUAUCAAUAUCGUAACUCGCCGUGUCUUAUCAGGAGUUUAUCGUCAUUCCAGAGGAACAAGUCGGCUUCUGAGCAGCACUUCCUUAUCUGACUGUGUUGGCUGUUCAAAAGCAAAUGUCAGUCACUGACAUGCUGUGUAUACACACUCAUGCAGGGAGAGAAUGGAGGGCUGCUGUGUUGUUAGUGAUUUCCAGCUGAUACACAAAAACAAAAGGCUUCUGUGUCUGGCGUCGACCACCCUCCCCUCUCCUCAUUUUUCCCCUCAGGCUGCAGGAGUUCCUGUCCAGCGACCCCCCGAAAAUCCCCCUUCCACCUCUGUUUUCACACACUGAACUCCUUCACUGUGGCUUUUUUUUUCUCCUGUUAACUGUUUGGUAAAAACUAAAGACAAGAAGCUUUGAUGCCGUUUCCAGGGUUUCAGAUCUCCGUGUCGUAUUCCCUUCCCAAUGUAGCGUCUGUAAUCCAAUCGAAUAAUCUAAAUUCACUGGGAUUAAGUUUAUAAAAGCAGGUGAGAUGGAAGUGUCUCAUUGUACCGUCCUUUACGCUCCGUUAGCAUUUUUGAGCUAAAGACAAAACAUCCCAAAGACGUCCUCAAGGGAGUCGACCACAAGAGCAAUAUUUGCUUCCUCGUGUGGUGGGAGAAAACAGUCCCCUAUCUGUUGUACCAUCUUUAAGCCAAACAGAGUAUGUUGUUGACUGUAAUAAAGAUUAUAUAUGAAGGCUUUUCAACAAAAGCUGGGGAGAUGGAAACGUACCAACAAAAGCUAAGCACUGCCAGCUAGCUUGUUUUGAGAUUUGGCCUUGAACCAUUCUUCCCGUUGGCUGAUGGAGUUCCUGUCCAGAAACUUCUGAAAAUCCCCCCAUGAUGUCAGUUUUAAAGACCAGGUUCUCUGACUAUGAGGUCUGACUGACGUUUUCAGCAGCUCAGUGUUUGUUGGAUAUCAAGACGUGAAGUUUUUAUCCAGUUUUUAGCGUGUCAGUGCCUCAGAUAGCAAAAACGAAUGCUUCUCCACUCACUGUUUCCUGUAGUAAGGAUUAGUGGUCGACUAAUGUCAACAUCACUUUUUCUGCGUUUGAUGAAAAACAAUUUAAUUAAAGCUGGGUACAGUCAGGACACAAUGUAUGCUGGGAUUAGGCAAAAUAUAAAGGCAUGAGAUGCAUUGUGAACGAACCAAUGCUCAUCCUACCAAAUCGGCUCAAGCUCUUGUUGACUUUCUGGACUUUGACGAAAAACAGUAGUGUCAUUUUAAUCUUAAACGUGAAGUUUGAGGCAGUUCAGACUCUGUACGUGUGAGUCAGAGUGACUUCCUGUUUAGCGGCGAGACUUUAAUCUAACGAGCAAUCUGGACAAGCUAACGAUUAUUUCUUUCUUGGAGUGCGUUCUCAGGGUGGCGAUUUCCAAAAGAAAAAACACGAACGCAAAUAAUGACACCAGAAGUAAUCUUGCAGCGGAAUCAGAAAUGGACAAACUACCACCAGCUUUUCUGACGGACUGUUAUUACUGAUGGACACGUUGUUGAAACGGGUUUUACGAAGGGUCCAUUAAAGGGAUAUUCCGACGUAAAAUUAAUUUAGGGUCAAACACACCAGAACACUGAGUUAGACACCCCCGAGAGAGAUGAAUGUUGCCGACCGCUUGCUUCUCUAGUUAUACCAACUUUAGUAACGACCGCAUGAUGGCAAUACACAGCGGUCUGAGGAGCCAUAAACAAACCUCAACCAAAACGCCACAAAUAAUGCUCAGAACAGCACCUUACUUCAUCAACAGGACAUAUAGGGUCACAGACAUAGCACUAGACACCAAACAUCUUUUUAACUUUGACUAAUUUCUUUAACAAAGAGACUAAACACAACUCACCUACUCUCUUCCAGCAGUCCCUAGUUUGUAGCGAGAGCUCCGGCCAGUCUAUUAUGGACUACAGCGGAGUUUCGCAGCUCAAGGAAGAACAUUUAUGAUCAUUUCUUUAUCAUUUCCCUGAGUAAUAAUCACCAUAAUUGUCAUUUUUCACUGCAGACAUGGUAGUUCUUCUGCCUUAGCGUCUCGGUCUGAUUGUAUUUUUAUAAAGUAAUGAUCAUAAAUGUUCUUCCUUGAGCUGCGAAACCCCGCUGGUUGGUAUAACUAGAGAAGCAAGCUGUCGACAACAUUCAUCUUUUGAGGGGGUGUCUAUCUCUGUGUUAUGGUGUGUUUGACCCUAAAUUCAUUUUAUGCCGGAAUAUCCCUUUAACUACAUUUAAACUCUGGUUUAUGCUCUUGAAAGUGUCCCUGUCUUUGCUGUCAAAAAGCAGCUUUUACUUCACCCUUUUAGUGCUUUUAUUGAUGAUGUGUUCUUGAUAUAAAAAGGGGUUUUCUUGUCCCUGAGGAUCCUCUUUAUCUUCUGUUCUCCAGGUUAAAACAGGCAGCACUCCUCAUAAAAUCCUUAAAAGGUCCCAAACCUCAGGGGGGAACAUUAUCUCCAGCAUCUACAUGUUUGUUCUCGGCGCGGCGACAGACCAAACAUUGUUAUAAAAUCACAGCCAGUAGACUCAGUCUCUAACCGCAGUGAAAAAACCUCCACAGUGGAUCUAUGUGUGUAAACAGGCCACACAUUACUGCUGUCAAAAACAGACUGCAGGCUUUGUUACAACCUUGGAGAGUGCGGCGCGCUGGUCACGGUUUUAUUACCGCCAUCAAGGAUGUUUCUGUUGAUCAUGUUUCAAAGAAUUGACUCGGGGGGGGAAAUAAAGUCCCCUCAGUAAACCCCCGACCCGAAGGAAGAGCGUCUGUGAAUUUUUAGAUUGUUUUCUAUCAUUUCUUGACCGCACUGUCUCCUUGACUCAGACUCUUAUCUCGUUUUAUCUUCAGCCAUCCCCCUAAAUGUGAACCGGCUUCACGGACCGCAGACUGCCCGGGCUGUCAGCGUGAAAAAUAAAGCGGAGAAGCUAAACAGGGCUGCGAGAUAAAGGAAUAAACACACAACUCCUACAUUAUGAAGUCAUGCGCUGUAAGCAGAAAGCCCGAAACCGCGCUGUGUGCUUGAUAAAUUAGCCUGUUACCGACAGUCUAAACAAGAAGUGAAAAGACCCACCACCUUGGGCUUUGGAGGUUUAGACUCAAAAUGUUCAUUUCUUUGGGGUUUUAGUUAUUUACAGUGUAUUUAAAGGAAACUGUGGCCUCUGGAGAUGAUGUAGUCCAAACCACAGUCGAGUGAAUCCGGGCCAAACUGAGUCUGAGAGUUUGUUUUGCAGCAGAUGGAUUUGUUUUUUUAUUACUGCGAUUAUUUCAUCGUUUUUUUAUCUCAACCACACAUCUCGGUUCGGGAUAUUGGUUUUAACAGAGAGUUACGACAAACUGAAGGAAACGUUUGGCCGAUAAAUCAAUAUUUAAUCAGUUUAAAGACUUCGAGUUUGUAAAUUUGCCAGAUUCAAACUCCAGCAGAGAAAUCACACGUAACGUCAGCGUGCAAAAACAAGAUUUAAUCCAAUUCAGUUUGAUUAGAUUUAAACCGUUUAUUAUCCCCAGAGGAGAAAUUUCAGCCGCACUGAGAGUUGUGUAUUUGAGAAAUUACACAACGCAGACCAACAAUCAGGAGUCAUGCAGAGAAAUAACAGGAUUCGGGUAUUUUUUACGGCCCACCAGCUUUGAUUUUCAUUUUCCCGGGAUAUUCAGAGCAGCGCCAGUUUUUGGUCGGAUCUGAAAUACACGGUUGUCUUCAGGGACUCGACUUAUUCCUCUCUGGUGACUUGGACUCGGCUCAGACUUGAAGUGAUUGAGGGAAUGAUGACCCCUGCAUGGACUCUCAAACUGGUAAAGGGAACUUAAUUUGGACUUGACUCAAAUUUCUUUCUGGUGACUUGGACUCGACUUGUAUCCGGACACGAGAACUCAAGACUCGACACACUUCAGGUUAAUCAGAUAAUGAAGACUCAACUUGGACACUGAGGGUGCGGACACAACUCAAACUAGAAGUUGACCUACACUGGGACACAGGUAAUGGGGACAGGACUCUGAUGGAAUGACAUUCUAGUGACUCAGACACUGAAGACUCGUGACUCGGCUCAAACUCUUUCAAUAACAACAACAGUCACUGCCAAAAACAAUAGUAUAGAAAUAUUGAGGUCAGUUAACUUCACUCUAACCUCACUCUGACUUCACUCUAACUUUACUCCAACUUAAUUCUAACUUUGACUACCUUUACUCUAACUUCAAUCUACUUUUAACUCUAACUUUACACUUACUUCACUCUAACUUUAACAAGAUCCCAUUAAAUUUACUCUACCUUUACUCUAAAUAUACUCUGACUUCACUCUAACUUUACUCUAAAAUCUUAUGAAAUUUACUCUAACUCUACUCUAAAUUUACUCUGACAUCACUCUGACUUCACUCUAACUUUACUUAAACUUCACUCUAAAUUCACUCUACAACUCUUACUUCACUCUUACUCCACUCUAACUUUAAGUUCCCUAACUUGACGCUUACUUUACAUUAACUUAACUCUACUUCUAACUCUAAUGUUACACUUACAUCACUCAAAGUUUAAGUUCCCUCUUAAUUUACUCAAACUUCACUCUCACUUUACACUAACUUCACUCUAAAGUUACUCUAACUAAAACUCUUACUUCACUCUAACUUAAACUAACUUUAUUUUAAGUUAACUCUUAUUUUAACUCUUACUUUACUCUUAUUUCUCUCUAACUUUAGGUUCCCUCUAAAUUUACCCUAACUUUACUCAAACUUCACUCUAAAUUUACUCUUACUACAACUCUUACUUUACUCUAACUUUGUCUAACUUAAGUCUAACUUUAACUUUAUUUUAACUUAACUCUACUUUUAACUCCAACUUUACUCUUACUUCACUUUAACUUCAACUCUAAGUUCCCUCUAAAUGUUCUCAAACGUUACUCUAAAUUUACUCUACAACUCUUACUUCACUCUAACUUUACUUUUUACUCUUACUUUACUCUAACUUUACUACAACUUUAAGUUCCCCCUAAAUUUACUCUAAUUUUACUCCAACUUUAUUCUAAUUUUACUCUUACUUCACUCUAACUAUACUCUAACUUCGACUCGUCUAUGAGCACAUAAUAAUCUGCUCCUCAUGUUGAACAUGACCUGAAAUACUCCACAUUAUGACUUGUUUUGAUCUUGUUUUGGACGACUUCUCUCUUCAUCUUUGUUUGGAUACUAAAACUUUUACCCUGACAUAUGACUCAGCUCUCAGCGUGUGAAUACAAACAGGUGUGUGAACCUAGUUAAAAAGUGUUUUUUUAACCUUUGGGAACUCGAAUAAUUGACCUAUAUUUACAGCACACCUCACUUCAAACCUGUUCUCCAGCUCACGUGCAGCAGCAGCAGCAGCAGUUUGUUAUUUCUCUGCAGGCUCAUAAAAGAUUUGUUUUGUCUCUCGGUUUAUUCCUGUAAGUGCUGUCGGUGAUGUGUCAGCACUAAAGGACAAGGUCAGAGUCCGUCUAAAACUAUAAUAAAUGAUGUGGAUUACAGAUAUGACGACGUUCAGAAAACUACUGAGUCAGGCGUGAAGCGUGUUUACAUGGAAAACCAUUUUUAGCGCAAGAUUGUCAACAUUACUGUCCAGAAAUUCAAGUUAUUUGACACAAAUUGGUGCAAAAUUAUGACGGAUAUUUUUAGAUAUCUGCAAAAGCAACGUGCAAUUCUGUCUUUAACUGAUGCUUUCAGUUAUUUCUACAUAUUUCUGUAUAUUUCCAGGUUUAGUUGUUGUGUUUUUGCAGCUAAAGUAGCACAAAGGCCUCACCUGCGCAUCAUUACGUACCUCUGCAGGUAUUUCUAUUGUUAUUAGUAUUUGCACAUGAAACUUAAAACACACAAAUCCAAGAAUAUAAAGGAGUGGAGCAGAAAAAAAACUCCACGCCCUGGCCUAGUUUCAAGCUGCUCGUGUCUUCAGGAGUUAAAUCCGGGUUUUAAAAAAAGAAAGAGAGAGUGAAAGGAGGUAAAAACUAGAGUCCGUGUGUCUGCAGAGGAACAAUAGAGAGAAAGACAAACACACACAGAUAUAAGGAGGUAAAUAAACAUGUUUUAUCCUGUUUUUCUCGUGACAUUGAGUCUGAAAUCGAUUAAAAGAGCGAGAGGAAAGAGCGGCGAGUUAAUAACCCCGCGUCUCAUCAGCGUGAGUGCAGAAACUCGCAGUAAUAAAGUCUGAUAUCCAUCUCCUCUUCCUCAUGUGUGUGAAGUGAACUGUUUCCUCGCCUGUACACAACUUUUGUCUGGCAGGAAACUCCCACAGCAAACAGGUCUGUUAUCAGAGACUGGCAUCGAGUCGGCCACUGGUGCGUUACCUGUCGUAAAAGCCUCGACUCGCUGCUUCUCCGCGAUAAAGACGCCGAUUCUGAGAAUCCGGUUUGUUAGCAGAGCGGGUUAAUCACAGUCUGACCACUGAGCUGGAGGGAAGCUGGAGGGAUUUACGAUCAUAAAAUACUGCAUACAAUUACUGAGAGACACUUACUGUUUAACAUACACUAUGAACUCUGUCUUAAAUAUACUGUUUACUGUGUUUUUACUAAGUAUAUGUCUCAAAUCAUAUCUUAAGCCAGGUCAGAUCAUAUAGUACCAAAUCAUGUUGUUUUGUAACAUAAUGUAACAUAUCCUGGUGUAUCAUUUUGUAAUACUGUAAUAUAUGAUAUUAUUUUAUACUAUAUUGAAUCACACUGACUGGAAUGUAUCAUAUCAUAUCAUACCGUUAUAUAUUGUAUUAGUACUAUUAUAUAUCAUAUCACAUUGUAUCAAUCAUACAACAAAAUCUUGUUAUAGUACUAAUUUAUACUGUAUCAUAUCUUAUCAUAACAUAUCAUAAUGUAUCAUUUUGUAUCAUACAGUCAUAUGUUUUUAGUGUACCAAUACAUAUUGUAUCAUAUCUAUUCAUUAUGUACCAUAAUUUACCAUAUCAUACUGUCAUAUAUUAUUAUAGUACUAAUAUAUAUUGUACCAUUUCUUAUCAUAAUGAAUCAUAUUGUAUCAUGACAUACCGUAAUAUAUUGUAUUAGUACUAUUAUAUAUCGUAUCGUACAGCAAUAUCUUGUUAUAGCACUAAUAUAUUCUGUAUCAUAUCUUAUCAUAACGUAACAGUGUAUCAUAAUGUAUCAUAUUAUAUCAAAAUACUAUUAGUAGUUAUAUAUUAUACCAUAAUGUAUCUUAAUGUAUCGUAUCUUAAGUUAUCUUAUUAUAUCAUGACAUACAGUAAUAUAUUGUAUUAGUAUUGUUAUGUAUCCGAUCAUAUUGGUUCGUAACCUAAUGUUUUGUAGCGUAUCAUUUCAUAAUUUAUCGUAUCAUAUCAUACCAUAAUACAUCAUAUUAGUGCUGUUAUUAUAGUUACAUAUCCUAAAGUAUCAUAACAGUUCACAUCAUAUCAUAUUUGUAUUGUAUCACAAUGUAACGUAUCAUACUGCAACAUAUUCUAUUGUAUCAUAUCAUACAGUGAUAUAUCAUCUUAGUACCGUUUUGUAUCAUAUCGUAUCAUAUCGUAUCUUAUUUUAACAUAACGUAUCUUAAUAUAUCAUAUCACAAUGUAUCAUAGUGUAUCAUAUCUUAAUAUAUAUCAUAUCGUUUUGUAUCGUAUCGCAGUGUACCAUAUCAUACUGUAACACAUUCAAUCAUAUCGUAUCAUACAGUGAUAAAUCGUCUUAUUACUGUUAUGUAUCAUGUUUUAUAUGAAUGGUUGAUAUUGUUUCAUAUCAUAACGUAUCUUGUUUUAAUGUAUUGUAUCUUAAUAUAUCAUAUCAUUUUGUAUCAUAUCGUAAUGUACCAUAUCAUACUGUAACACACCGGGUUGUAUCAUAUCUUAAUGUGUCUUACCAAACCAUACUGCAUUGUGGGAGAUGUAGGCAACAGAUUUAGAUGCUUUUUGUUUGUAGUGUAACAUGCGCUCAAGUCCUCAUUCUGUUUAGGUUAAAUAAAAUUAGCCUCAAAAACGUUAAUAUAAGUAAUAUUCAGGGACUGUUUGAUAGUUCAGGUUCUCAACUGUGACACACUUUAAAUACACUCUGCCUUUGUUUUUUGGGUGUUUGUUGGACAAAGUGUCAAGUUUGCAGCAGCAUCACUAUUUCUUCAUGUACAGACAGUAUUUCUGCUUAUUGCAAAAUAGUCAAAGGACGUCCUUGGUGGACAUUUGAGCAAUUGGGAACUAUUGCCUCGAGGCUAAAGGGGACAUUCUUUCUUCUUUUCGACAGAGCAGACUUUUUCAUUUCAGACGUGUGUUUGGAGAUUUACCUGAGGUCAAAUUUUCCAACCGCGGAUCAGCAUCCAUCAGUGCUCUGUCCUGAGGGGAGGUUUCAGGAGGAAAAGGAGCUGUGAAAAAGAAAAACAAAGAAACCGUGAAUUGUUGACGCAGGAGGGGUUUGGUUUGAAUCAUACUAACUAUGCGAGGGAAACUCUGAAAACAUCCAAGUGUUACAUUUUAAUUCGCGAUGUUAUCUCCGCGGAGCCGGUGCCAGUUUCCUUUGACGUGGUUUGACCAGGAAGAGGGCCGAAACUCUGAGUGCAUUCCUCCAUCCUCCGAAUCUGCAUACCAAUCUGGGUUUAAACAAAGUCUGGGUUACUUAUUAGCGACAUUAGCCGCACAAACAUCCACCGACUUCAGCUCCAUCUUUGGCACAUGUGCGCCCGUACAGCUGCUUUGGUUUUCCCUGCGCCGCGUUUACCAGAAAUCAGAUUUACGUGCACAUGAACACACACAGUGAGGACGGAGUAGUCUCUCAGACCAGAUUAGGCCUGAUAAGAGUUAGUAGGGGAACACACACACAAACACACACACAUGCACACUCAGCCUGUCCGGGCCUGUCGGGGUCGAGCAGCAUAUUAAAGUAUCUGGUUGCAGCUCCUGCUAAUCUGCAGAAGAAACGCUCCUUCAUGUGCAUACUUGUCCCUCUUUCCCUCUCCUUCUUCUCCUCUCUCAAUCCCCUCUUUCACUCCUCCUUCCUCCCUUCCUUCCUUCAUUUCGCCUCCUCGGUGUUUCCCCAACUAUUUUUCCUUCUUACCCUCAUUCCUCUUCUUCUCUUGUUUCCCAUAAUUGUCCAUCAUCUUUGGCUCUCUGGGCUUUUUUUUUUCCCACCGACUUCUGACUCUUGGCACCGGGUCUCGCUCGGACUCUUUGAAAUCAUUUCGUUCUCCUCAAAAAGUUUUAAAAAGUUCGAACCUGGAGGCAGAAAUGAUGGAAGUAAUUUAGCCUGAUCCGUAGAUGCUUAAUCACGCAAAAGUAUGAUAAUUUGAGUUCAACAGUCCAGCGGUGUAACGGUUUCAUGCUGCAGCUUUCUUGGCUGUUUUUUCGAGCUGUUAAAGGGACAUUCCACCAGUUAUACCAAUCUUUCCUCAUAUGCUCUCCUCAGAAGCUCUUAGUACAGUACAUGAUUGUUUGACGACGGAGUAAAGCUGACAAGAUCAAUAAAUCAAACCUCGACCGAUGACCCAAACUAAACCAAAUACGCUCGACUCAGUUGGCUGAAUAGCUGUGAUAUUUCGCGUGUUUGGACGUUUAUUUGGCUUUCGCCGUGUCUACAGAUCGAUGUUUUUUGUUUAGCGUCUCCAUCAGGUUCAGAUUUGUGGUUUUUAGUGAAAUGUUAUGACAGCUUUUGGAUGGGUUGUUGUUUUAUUUGACACAGACACUCCUGCCGGUUUUCCUUUGACUCUGUCGAUUCCGUGAAAUUUUCACUGUUUUCCAACAUCAGGUCGAGAUUUAUUUUCUCGGAGACUCUAUGACUUCAUGAUUUGAGUUAUGCGCAAAACUCCCGGCUUUAGCGAGUGUGUGGCCUACUUAACUGGUGGACUCGGUCCAUGUGACCUACUGUGUUUUUUAUUGGUAGGAAACAAUAUGAUUCCAUGCUCUCUGUUAAAAUAGACACAACAGGGUACAGUAUAAUACAAUACAGGGUAAUAAGAGGCUGUGGAGACACAAUGAAAUUCAAUUGGAUAUUAUGUGAUAUGAGGCAAGAGGUUGUGAUAUGAUAGGCUAUGAUAACGAACUAUACAGUAUAAUAUGAUAAAAUAGGAAACAGUACAGCAUGAAACAGAAGAAAAGGGUUUGAUCUUAUGGGAUAUGAUAUGAUAAACGUCAAGAUAUGAGAAACAAUGAGAUGAGACAUGAUAUGAUAUAAAAUAAGAUGAUACAAUAUGAAAUGAUAAACUAUAUAUGUAUGAAGCAAUUCAGUAGAAAAUAAUAUAUGAUAAAAUAUGAUAUUAAAGAUGAUGAUAUGAUAAAUUAAAUAUGAUGAUAAAAUAUGAUAAUAAACAUGAUAAAAAAAUAUGAUAUCAAAUAUGAUGAAAAAUAAUACAACAGGAUGUGGCAGGCUGACCCAAACAUACAAACUAGUAUGAUGUAACACAAUACUACACCGAAUCAUUCAUGAUACGAUAUUAAGUAUGACAAGCGAAAAAAUGAUAUGAUAAAGUACAAUAUGACAUGAUAUUAAAUGAGAUGAUACAAAAUGAUAUGAUAAAGUGCAAUGUGAUAUGAUAUUAAAUGAGAUUUUAUAACAUGAAAUGUAAAAUUCAGUAGAAAAUAAUAUAUGAUGAGAUAUGAUAUUAAAUAUGAUACAAUACAAACUAUGAUGAGAAAUGAGACUUUACGAACUGGUAUGAUAUAACGCAAUACUAAACCGAAUUAUUUAAGAUACGAUAUUAAGUAUGACACGAUACGAAAUGAUAUGAUAAAGUGCAAUAUGAUAUGAUAUUAAAUGGGAUGAUAUAAUAUGAAAUGUACGAUUCAGUAGAAAAUAAUAUAUGAUAAGAUAUGAUAUUAAAUAUGAUACAAUAUGAACUAUGAUGAGAAAUGAUACUUUACGAACUAGUAUGAUAAAACGCGAUACUUAACCAAAUUAUUUAAAAAACGAUAUUAGGAAAGACACGAUACAAAUUAUAUGAUAAAGUACAACAUGAUAUGAUAUUAAAUGAGAUGAAACAAUAUGAAAUGUAUCAUUUAGCAGAAAAUAAAGAUAUGAUGUUAAAUAUGAGAGAUACAGACUAUGAUGAGAAAUGAUACUUUACGAAUUGGAAUGAUAUAACGCAAUACUAAACCGAAUUAUUUACGAUAUGAUAUUAAGUAUGACACGAUAUGAAAUGAUACGAUGAAGUACAAUGAGAUAUGAUAUCAUACAAUCCAAUUAAACAUGAUUAGACACAAUAAACGAUUCGAUGUAAGAUGAUGUGUUGUGAGGCAAGUUUGACUUCAUAUAGAAUGUUACCGUGACAACCCGACUGGUUAGAAACAAGCUGUUAAUGUAUGAGGCUGGAUAAGACAAUACAUUAAGAUGCAAUUAAGUAUGAGAUGAUAAAUGAGACAUGAGAAAAUUUUUACCGGACUCAACUGACCCAACAGUCAAAUAAACAAACAUUUGAAACAACAGUUAUUGCAAACAACACAUACCAUAAAUAAGAGAAAAUGAGACUUCUGAACAACCUGUACAGCCUUAGAUGGUGAACUGAGUUCCUGAGAUGGUCCGGUUUACAUGUGAGAACUCUUUUUUGUAACAGAUGAGGUCUGAAAGUCAAAGCGCCGCCUUAAUUCUGAGAACGCUGUCAUAAAUAAGUCCAUUUAAAAGUUGAAUGUUUUAACACUUUUAAUAAACUUUUAGAGGUGAAACACUCGUUGGGGUUUUGCUUUCCUGGUCCGUUUCCUCGACUAAAACAAGACAGAGAUAGAGUAGAGCUGGAUCAGAAGAGCCCAGCAGGAAUUUUUGAUGCGUAACCCAACUUCACCCUGACAUUAAUCUCUCUCUCCUCCUGUCUGGUGAGGCUUAGUUUCCCCUCUGAUCUUCGUAUUUGUGAAUCUCCUUUUUGGCCGAAUUAGGUGUGACGUAAAGAAAUCAGACUAUUCUUGUGUCUCUGUGUGUGUUUUUCUAAACUGGGUGAAAGUUCAGCAGAGUUCUGGUUUUAGUUUUUGUUGUUGUUGUUGCAGCUGGAAGAGUUUUUCAGACUUGUGGCCUUUGAGAAGCUUCCCUGGCCUAGUCUACAUACUCUCUCUCUCUCACACACACUAACACCAGACACACACAUUUACGGGUCGAGCUGGCAGUGAACAUGAACUUUGAGUCUUGUCACAUCAGAGGCUGCGAGCUGAUUUACUGGAACAAAAGAGACCCACUAAACAGGGGCAGGGGUGUAAAGUUACAUAAAAGCCAUCACGUGACGAGGGUUUAACCUCGUCAUGGGUAAGAGCUUCAGAAACAUAAAUAUGACUUACUUCCUGGUGCAGAUAGAGACUCAGAAAUCAACCUCAUGGCUAAGAGUCAGGUGAACAAUAACUACUGCUCUAAAAAGGUACAAAGGUUUUAGUGAGCUUUACCGAAGAAACUGUUAAAAUGUGACUUAAAAUACGAAAAAAGAUAAGAGGUAAGAUAAAACUCCAGGAUACCAAAGAGUACGACGCAAUUUCAUGUGACACCAUACAAUAAGAUACUAUUAGUACAAUACAGUACGAUACGGUAUGAUACAAGAUGAUACAAUCAAUACGAUAAGAUACGAUUGGUACAAAACAGUCGAUAUGAUAUGAUACAGUACGAUACAAUACGAUCAUUAUAAUACGAGAUGAUAUGAUGUCAUACAAACAAUACGAUAAGAUAUGAUCAGUAUGAUACAGUCGGUACAAUAUGAUAAAGUAUAAUACACUACGAUCGUUAUGAUACCAUACAAUACGAUACCUUACAAUACGGCGUUGUACGGUCCAAUACGAUCAAAUACAAUAUAAUGCAACACUUUAAAAUACGAUACAAUAAGAUACGAUCAGCAUGAUACGGUAUGGUACAAUAUGAUAAGAUGCGGUACAGUUGAUACAAUGCGAUACAAUCGGAACAAUACGAUCAGUACAUUACACUCGAUAUGAUAAAAUAGUUACGGUAUGAUGCAGUAUGAUACAAUGUGAUCAUUACGAUACAAUACUGCGUACUAUGAUCCGAUACGAUCCAAUGUAAUAUGAUAUAAUACUUAAAAAUCUGAUACAAUACGAUAUGAUACAAUACAAAACGAUACAGUAUGAUACGAGAUGAUUUGAUGCGAUACAAUCAAUAUGAUAAGUUACGAACAGUACGUUACAAUCAGUACAAUAUGAUAUAGUAUAAUACAAUACGAUUGUAUGAUACCAUACAAUACGAUACUUUACGCUACGGCAUUGCACGGUCAAAUACGCUCGAAUAAUAUAAUGCAAUAUAAUGCAAUACAUUAAAAUACGAUACGAAAAAAUUCGAUCAGCACGAUACGGUAUGGUACAGUAUGAUACGAUGUGGUAUAAUUGAUACAAUCGGAACAAUACGAUCAGUACGAUACACUCGAUAUGUGUAUAAUGAAGUACGAUACAGUGGGAUGGUUACGAUACAAUACAGCAUAGUACGAUCCAAUACGAUAAAAUACUUAAAAAUCUGAUACGAUAUUGUACGAUACAAUACGAUUGAUAUGAUACAUUACGAUACAAUUGAUAUAGUAUGAUACGAUAUGAUAUGAUACAAUUGAUACAAUGAAAUACAAUCAGAACAAUAUGAUAAGUACGAUACACUCAAUACGAUACAAUCAGUACGGUAUGAUACAGUGCAAUAUAAUAUUAUCGUUGCGAUGUGACACAGUAUGAUACUUUGCAAUCCAGUUUAGAAUUAUCCAAUAUGAUCCAAUACUGUAUGAUACAAUUCUUUAAAUACGAUACAAUACGAUAUAAUAUGACGAUAUAUUACAAUACUAUACAGUAUGAUAUGAGUGUUGUAUGUAUAGUUCAUAGCGCGAACAUCUCAAGCUGAAGUUGUGCUGCUCUCCAUCAUAGGAUCAGAGUUGGAAACACUUGUUAAGAACGAUAAAUAUGUACAUGCAUGACAUCCGAACAGAUUAAUUUCUGUAUGUUUGUAUAAAAAUGAUGAGAAAAGGAAAGUAUCGGUCAAUUGGCACUUCUAAAUUUCCUGUAACCACUUUUCAGAGGAAUCCAGCCAUUAAAUGUGAUGGAUUUCCCCCCAAAGCAGAAAUCCAUAAAGGUAUGAAAUAACUCAACCGCACGCAAUGAAAACCAGAUUUUUCUCAAAAGUACAAGUACGAGCUGAACGUUUCCAUCAGGUGUGAACACAAGAACAGCUCACUUUUGGUUUUCCAGCGUCUGCAGUGGGAUAAAUCUCCAAUCACAGGAACCUAAAGCUCCUUUUUUUAACUCCGGUUACAGCUUGAAGUCAUUUACUCCGCUCUUUCAGUUAAAGGUCAGACUUGGCGAACAUUACGGGGGUCAUCCAUUGUAUUAUAGACUUUAAAUUGCUGUAGCGUUGCACUAAUGAUAACAACACCCCAAUGAAACCAAUUUUAACCUCGUAAAUGUCAAGCUUCAUUCAGCAGAAGUGGUGUAUUUGUAACAUAUUAAAGAAAUAAGUGACGAACUUUUAUUUGAAUAUAUAGAAAACAUAAAAAAGUAACAAACCAAUAUUGUGCAAUUCCGACACAGUACUGUUCUGAUGUGACUGAACCCCCUUAGAACAAAAUAUGGCCAACGAACAACUGCCAACAGUUCUGUAUGGAGUUCACAGUGUCGGCUACUUUCUUCUUAUACUUUAUCAGUACUUGACUUAAUCAGAGUUCUACGAUUCCAAUCAGAGUUCUUAGACUCUGAUUAUAGUCGGACUAAGGUCUUAAUCGGAGUAAGGCAAUAAUUUGGUUUUCUCGAGUUUUACUGAGUGUUAAAGAUUCGAAGGAGUUUGCGGCUCUUUAUGGAUAAAAUGUGUCCGGAUUAGAUCUUGGAUCAUCGGGACCCUUUCUAAACUUUUUUAUUUAACAGUUUAAAGCAGGACUGGGCGAUUAUAUGAUUGUGAUCGAUGAUCCUCAUAAAUUUCAGCUCGAUCACGGUGAUCAGCUGUGAGCAUAUUUACUCGAUCAAACACAGCGGAACUGUGAAGUAAACAGAGGGACCGAACAGGGAUCUAAACACGGAGGUGAGGACAGAAAAAUAGAUGUCAGCCGUGACUUUGAGUCAUCCUCCGAAGAUGUUAUCAUUGAGAAGUUUUCAACGUCGGUUGUGUGGUGAUGGUUCGAGUAUCUCCAAAGUGACGUCAAGUUAUUAAGCCGAUGAGCAAGGUAUGUCGGCGAUCGAUCUGUUUAACCGUCUAAAGAAGUACUUCCUGAGUGAUUAUGAGGAAAACAUGAAAAUGUGAGCGGACUCUGAACAACCAUGUCACUGUUGACGGUACAAGAAGCAUUAGCAGUUUAGCCACAACUAGCGGUGCAGCCACCAGACCAAAGCAAUCAAUCGUAUCAUCUAUGUUUAUCCCUUAGGGGCCAAUUUGUUUAUUUUGGGUCUUUCAUACCUGCAAAAACACUCAGGACUGUAAACUAAUCAACUGUUUAUUUAGUAUUUAUCUACAUUUGUUGUUCUGUUGAGUUAAAAUGUAAGUGUAUCUUAUUCAAUUUUCUUUGUUAUUUAAUUUGUAUGUUAAUAAAAUGUUAAACUAAUCUCUAGUUUCUUUAGUUUUUAGUUCAGAUGCUUUAAAACAGGCAGUUUGAAAAAAAAAAUCGUGAUAAUAAUCGAGAUCGGACGAUAUGACGAAAUAUAUCGUGAUCAUUUUUUUUGCUGAAUCUCUCAGGCCGAGUUUAAAGUUAAAUUUCAGAUUUAACUACUCUCACCUUUGGUUCUAACCGCAGUUUUGACCUCCUUCAGUCCAAAUGUGUUGGUCGAGUUCCUCAGUUCAGGUGUGAGAUGUAACAACACCGCAGAAAACGGCUUUAACUCCACCUGACAGCGGUAUCGUGUUAAACAUGCAGCCUGUCAGUACUCUGAGACUCCGCCGCCGUGAGGAGCAUGAAUUAUGCACGCGGCCUCCGCAGCUGAUUUCACUCUUUAGGCGUUAAAGAUGGCAGCCAUGUUGAAUUUGCAGAUUGAAAACAUGCUGUUCUAGAGUCAGAGACUUCACCCCCCUGUUUUCUUUUUCCUGCUCGGCUGCAGACACAGUUUUCUGACUCUGGCGUGUUUGCGGGUGAUUUUCUGCUUUGAGGACUCGAGGAGCGCGGCCCGGUCAACGCUCUGGACUUUACUGCGUCGGGUUCCCCUCAGAGUAUAUAGGGCACACUCUAGUAGGGGGCCUUUUUUACUUACAUUUACACACGCCAAACCCCAGAGCGAUCACCUCUAAUUUGCAGGUUGGGUUGAGGGUUAGCUGCAGGAGGACCAGGCGAGGCGCCAAGAAUAACACGGCGGUUCGAGCGGGAUGACCAUUAAAAACAGGAGUGAGAUUAAUCAUACUCAGGAUUUUCAGGCAUUUCAGCAAAUUAAUCAGGGAGAUUUAUUCCACAGGGGGGGCUCGGCGCUUUGCUGCGGGGCGCGUUAGACGGGCAGCAUUACUGAAAACAGGCGGUUAAACGCGCGACCUUUUGGCGGGGAGGGGUAAAGCUGACGUAAACGUAAGAAAAGAGGUAAAGGGAGAGAGGUGAAGGAGGGUUAAAAGGAUCAUUAACGAGGAGAAAGAUCGAGAAACGAAGAGUGGCAGGAGUUUGAUACAUGGAGUGGAGAAGACGAAAACGAGCUGAAGGAGUCAGAGCAGGACGCUGUAGCAUGAGAGGAGAGGAGUGAGUGAGUGUGUGAGAGGGAGAUAAUGCAUCUGUACAUGUGUGUGUGUGUGUGUGUGUGUGUGUGUGUGUGUGUGUGUGUGUGUGUGUGUACACUGUAGAUAUCGGUAUGUCAGGGAUGAAACGGAGGGAGGAGGGAUUACAGAGAGGAGUGAGAGAAAUAAAACAGAGACAGGGAAGAGAGGAGGAGGGAGAGCUUUGAGUCUCAGCCUGUGAUGUCCUCAAACUUUAAACUUUCAACGUUUAAAGGGAUAUUCCGGCGUAAAAUUAAUUUAGAGUCAACCCAACCCGGUCGAGAGAUUAAAGUUGCCGACUGCUUGCUUCUGUAGUUAAACCAACUUAAGUAGCGACCGCACGAUAGCAAAACACAGUGUUCUGAGGAGCCAUAAACAAACCUCAACCAAAACGCCACUCUAUAGCCACAACUCACCUACUCUCUUCCAGCAGCCGCUUGUUUGUAGCGAGACCUCGGGCUGGUUUAUUAUGGACUACAGUGGAGUUUCGCAGCUCAAGGAAGAACUUCAUGGAUUUCCAUGAAGAAAUGAUCAUAAAUGUUCUUCCUUGAGCUGCGACACCCCACUGUAGAGUGUAAUGGAUUGGCCCGAGGUCUCGUUACAAACAAGUGGCUGCUGGAAGAGAGUAGGUGAGUUGUGGCUGUAGAGUGGCGUUUUGGUUGAGGUUUGUGUUUUGCUAUCAUGCAGUCGUUACUAAAGUUCGUAUAACUAGAGAAGCAAGGUGUCGGCAACAUUCAUCUCGAGGGGGUGUCUAACUCUGUGUUCCGGUGUGUUUAGACGGAAUAUCCCUUUAAGUGGUGGGAUUAAAACGUUCAAAAUGUGGAUUGGUUGGUUUUGACCUUUGAACUUCCAGAUUAUAUUCACCAACUUGAUGCUGAUUCGUCUGUUUUCUGUCUUUCAGGUGACGGAGAACAUCAUCUCCAAACAAACCUUCAAAGGUCGGUAUCAAACACAAACCUGCUAAAAGACACAAACACACAUGAUCGCAUAAAAGCGACAUUUCUGACAUUUCUUCGUCUCCUCUCUCCGCAGAAGCCCGGACGAUGCCUCGCACCUACAACACCUCGGUGGCCCAGAGGCCGUCGGCCCACUUGACCCUCCGGGACUCCGGCACACAAGGUGAGUGUGAGUGAGAAAGUGAAGCGGGGUAAACUUCAUGACUUCCAGAUUGACGGUAAAUCCUCGGUGAAACAUGCGCCGCUCCUCAGAGGCAACAUUAGGAUUACAGAGGCUCGUUUUCUCCAUUAGAGGUCCUUGUUUCGAUCCCGCUCUUAUCCCACCCUAAUCUUCAAAAUGAAACAUGAAGUUGCACAAUGAAGGACUGAGCCUCUUUGUGUCUCAGCUAUUGUUCUUCUCAUAAACAUCGCUUCCUGCAUACCAGAGGAGGUUUUCUCUUUCCCUCUGUAAGAGCUGAAUCAGUGAAGUCGCCUGUAAAACAGACGCUCAUCAACGCCGCGUCAUUUUUGAGUCACGUGGAGCGUUUGUGUGUCAUUAAACCCGGAGGUUGAAAAGCUGGAAUGUGGCGCUCCGAGCAUUCGUAUCAUUCGAUCGGAAAGUGGCGUGCAAGCUGAAGGGUGUCGGCAAUCUGGCAAAGGCCGAGUGUGUGUGUGUGUGUGUGUGUGUGUGUGUUUGUGUGUGUGUGAAGGAAGACAGGGGUGAGGUGGAUUUCUCAUAAGGAAGUCGAGCCGAGAGAGAUGACCUCUGUUGAGUUUUCUAAUAAACUACUAUGUUAAUGAUGGGAACUGAAUCGUAGCCAAAACAAACACACCCGACAAACACACACACACAUUCACAAAUAUAUGUCACACUGGGGACUUUAUAUCCUGUCAGUGUUAUUGAGCGCAGUAAUCGAACAUACAGGAAACCGUGUAUGAAGAAAAGCUACAAUUGUCUAUUUGCAGGAUGCUAACUAGCUAACUUGCUAGCUAAAUUCUACGAUACAAAUGUGGAUCUAAUAACUCAUGCUUCCGUCUCUACCACAGGGUUCCUCCCGUACCCGAUCCCAACGGCAGGUCUCCACCAGUCUUGUCGCCACGUGGUCCGCACGUGGGCCAAUCAGAGCUUCGGUGCUCACCUUCACAACAUGACGCUGACCAAUGGGAGGCUGCGAGUGCCCCAGGAUGGGCGGUACUACCUGUACUCACAGGUGAGCACACAAUCAUAAACAUGAAGCAUCUUUUUUUUGUGGUGUAUAUACAAAAAAGCUUUUAAUAGUUAUUGAUGACGUUUGGUAAUAUAAAGAUAUCGCUGUUUUUUUAAGGUCUGUGUAGUCAACAUUUUAAAUUUUUGACUGACUGUAAACAAAGCCGUUCCCCGCCUCCCCAACCUGAUUGGUUGUAAGGCAGAUGCUGCUCCCCGUGUCGUUCAGGAGCCCAAACAAAGUUAGCGUGCUACAAUAUCGGACAGUAGAAACCAACCAGAAAGUUCGGAAAAUUGUCUGAAUCCUCCUUUGGCCACGACUGCCGACACAAGCAAGAAAACGAAAUAAAUACCAGAGACCCUGGCGGAAUAACGGGCGCUUAAAACGGAGGUAGACCAGACAAGAGCUAAAAGCCGGGUCAUAAUCAAUGAUGGGGGACUGUUCAGGAUUUUACGGACCCUGUAACCUUUCUGCUGGACCUGCCUACUCCACUUUUAACAUGCAAGCUCUCCAUCAUGCGCACUCUCUUUUAGUUUUAACACAACCAUUAAACUUUGGUGUCUUUUUGUCGUCUUUCCACGCAGGUGUAUUUCCGUUAUCCGUCUCCUGCAGCCAGUGACGGAGACCAGCGCAGCGUCAGCCACCAGCUGGUGCAGUGCGUCUACAAGAAAACGUCCUACCCGAGCCCCAUACAGGUGUGUGUCCUCUCACAAUUGGGUCUAAUUUAGUUUAAGUUGUGAAAUAUUCGUCUUACCUUGAGCUUCUCUUCCCUGCAGCUCCUGAAGGGCGUGGGAACAAAGUGCUGGGCCCCAGACGCCGAGUACGCCCUCCACUCCGUCUACCAGGGGGGACUGUUCGAGCUGAGGGCCGGCGACGAGCUCUUCGUCUCCGUAUCGUCCCCGACGAUGGUCAACGGCGACGACUCUUCCAGCUACUUCGGUGCCUUCCGCCUCGACCUCUGAAAGGGGACCUGAAAGGAAAACGAAACUGAUGGGACAGUAGAAGGAAGGCUGAGAGAGUAGACUGGAAAAAAAGGGUCAUUUGGAGAGAGCUGCUGGAAUUUGCAUCCUCAAUUUGCCCGGAUGGAUUCACUCGAGUGAACAAUGCAAGAGGAUGCGGAGAAAGGGAAUCGGUCUUCCUUACUCUUUCAGCAAAAAAACCUAAACCUUUGAGAUUAAGUUAUGCAAAGAUUCAUGUGCAAUCACUCAAAAAUACACGCAAGGAUAUCCGUUCUCUUACGAUUCUCUGGGACAGAAGUUGCUUCGAACGAGAGUCGCCCCAAAUUUAGGCCACCCAUGCUGCCCGUACCCCAAAUUUAACACGUGAAUCUCGGCGAAUCUCGCACAUCAGCAGCCUCUUUUUAUGGGAAGCGGGCGGACCCUCGGAUUUGGAUUCCAGACGGAAGAAUGUAAACACAAUAAAAACUUGAUCCUCUGCAUCCAAGAUGUGAGGAAGGACUGCGGAGAAAAUCAAACCAAAGCAAAAAAUUGUGGAAUAUAACUUUUUUUUUUAAGUGUGCCAUGAGAGUUAUGUAUAUAUGAACGGCUGAGACUGAAAUCUGGUGAUGAACUGUGGUGAUUUUUCAAAGUGAUUCUUGUGUAUUUUUUCUUUGACUGGACUUAAAACCACUUGGACUUUGCUGAGGAUUUUCUACCCGAGAACAAGAGCGGUGGAUUUAACGUUUGGACUUUUGAACGGACAGAAACGUUUGCUUCUUUGUUCUGAAUACUGUAAAAAAAAAGACUGUCAGGCAGAAACAUACAGUGUCUUUGAAACAGAGGAGUAAAAAGCAAAGAGAAGAAAUCUCGUAAAUGUAGGAAGAAUGAGCUCAGCGGGAGGAGGAGAGAGAGGAAGAAAGAGGUUUUAAAGGGAAUGCAGCUUAACCAGUUGGCAUUCCUCCUCUCCUCUCUUUCUCUCUUUCUCUCUUUCUCUCGCUUUCCUCUCACAGACUUUGUCUUUCGUUUUCUGUCAAGAAUUUGAGCAACCCUGUUUUUCAUGUCCGGCCGGUGAAGCUGCAUUCACUUUUUUGUUUAAGGUUCAUUUAAAAGCACAACCGGAGACAAUAGACGAAGAAUCAAAACAGACGCACGUGCGAAAACCAUCGAGAACAUUUCAGUGAUUUCAAAAUAAAAGUCCCUUCAAAUAAGAUCACUUUCAUGUUUUCAGACCAGGGUGUCGAAAGAAAAAAGUCACUUUUCUAUCAAAUGUUGCCAGAAUUUAAAACUCCUAUGAAAACUUUUGGGUUGUGUUGGUUUGGCGCCCCCUGUGGACAAAGUGGUGAUUGCUGAUUUUCCAAUCCAGUCAAAACUCUUGAAUGUAUUUCUUUAGGUCGUAAAAAGGCAACGAUAGAAAUUCCAGUAUUUUUCAUAACCAGCUUAAAACUCCUCACUGGAGCUUUAACUCGGACAUAGACAACCUGCGAAUAAUUAAAACAAGAUUCUCCGAUUUUUCCUCGACUCAAAUUUGGCCGAAAAUUCAUGACUGUAAGAAAAGAAUCAAAGGUAUAAAUCCAAAGAAGGUAAAUAUUAUUUAUAUUGGUAGAAAAAAAUAGCCAACUUGUCUGAAACCGUAAGAGCUCCCUCUGGUGGCUAGCUGCAGCAUAGAUCACAGCACAUCCAGCUUAAUAUCUCCACGUUAAAGCAUCCAUGCGGAAUUUUGACAUUUUGUAAAAGAACAAAAUUAAUUUUGUUGCCUUUUUUUGAUUUCCAAAAGCAAACAAGACCAUCUCCAUCAAGACUGAUAAUCUUUAAAUGCCUGAAAUCGCUAAAAAAAAAAGCUAAAAAAUUAAUAGCAAACUCUAAAAUCCACAAAUAAAGUAAAAAAAAAAAAAAAAACUGCAGUUCCUAAAUUGUCCACUUGAGGCCUAUUGCAGAAAUAGGGUGAUGUUGCAGACGUUUUUUUUUCCAUAUUUACAUUAAAAGAGGCGUUUUAUUGUCAAAAGUCGGUUAAAACUGGAGAUGACUUAAACAUGUAAAAAACAAGAUUAGCGAAAGACUAUUUUGUCCACAGGGGGCGCCAAACUGAAAUUCCAAAUCGGAGCUGUAAUAGAUGGAUUAAACUUAAAAAUCCAAGUUUCUGUCAUGGUGUUGAGUUCCAACCGUGCUAAAUUAAUUCUUGGUGUUUGUCGUAGAAAUGCAAAAACGUACAUUAUCAAGUAAUUGGAAGAACGCCGUCUGUAUUGAUGUGUGGUCAAUGAUUGGUACAAAACACUUCAAACUGAGCCUGAAUUUGGGAAUCUUGGGUCUCCGAAGCAAAAGGUAAAUUUGAGAAAACUCGGUCCAAACUUGGACAAGAUACAGAUGCACACGAAGAAAGAUUUGACAGGAGUGAAAGACAUAAACCAUGCACCGACAAGCACAAACUCAAGCACAUGCACAUAAAAAGGAUACACACAUCAGCUCACACUACACACACCCCUCUUUACAGACACACACAUCAUCCCACGUCACUUCCAAUGUAAAGACACAAACACACUCCGACACACACCUUCAUUUAUCUGCCUCCCUACGAGCCGUCUGGUUGUUGUCAGCCGGAGGCACGCAGGGAGUGGAUGUGUGUGCAUGAACUCGGCGGACAUGUUUGCUUAAAGGGGGUUCUGUUCACGUGGAAAAUUUCAUAAAACGAGGUCCAAGACAAACAAAUACACACAUUUUUUUUGUGUGUUUGGUUUGUUUUAGCUGAGAGAGGAGAGGAUUUGGACGCCUACGCACACACACGUUUCUAAUGAGGUGACGUCCAGGUUAGACCCGCUCUUCUAGCACUGUGGUUCACACUGACUUGUGUAUAUACUGUCUGCAAAAUCAGCCCAUCCUCUGUACUUUCCUCUCCUAAUUGAAGGCAACUUUCCUUUUUGUGUUGGCACGCACCUUGUCGAGUUUACUUCUGGGCUUCGCAUAUUCCCCCCUCUGUUGAACUGAAAUGUUUAUUAUCCAGGGUGAACUUCAACAAUCGAACUUUUCGCCUUUUCUUCCUCGCACUCCAACCAAAACAAAAGAGCUCGACGACGAUGAUAACGCGACAUACACACUACGACGGCGUAAAUCCCCCGGACCAGCUGGGAAAACUUCUGCUUUGAAUGUGUCUGAGGCGUGUUUGUACUGGACGGUUUUGUAGCUGUGAACAUGUGUAGCACAUUGUUGCUCGGAAAAUAAACAAAUAUUUGAAUGUCGCUUGUGUGUGUGUGGAGAUCUAUACAUCGAUAUAAGGAUCACUUAUAGUUCAGACUGGUUUUAAGACGUCUGCAGGAAGAGUCGAGAGCUCGGGCCAAACAUGACGACUCCUCGAAACCUUUUAAAAACCGAAGAAACCACAAAUAAACACUUAGAGAUCAACCUGACUGUUUCAGACAACACACUAAACAGCUCAGGCUCAGGUUCUGGCUGAAGAGGACGGGUUCUUCUCCCAAUACAAACAUGGAUGGUAACCAGCCGCUUGUUAGCUUUAUAUGAAGUGCAAUCUGGACUAAAAAGGCCAAAAAACGGAGAAAAACACAGACGAGUCUGGCUGGGAUGCAGGAUUUCAUUGGUCCAGUUCUUUCUCACACCGAAACCCUUUUUUGUCUUGUUUAUAUACUGGCAUGUCGAAACACAAGCGCCUUUUGUUUCAAAGUGAUUACUCUUUUGCAACACGUAGUUAUGAUCUUAAAGGAGUAGUUUGGGGGUUUUUCAAGUGGGGUUGCAUGAGGUACUUGUGGAUAUUAAGUAGGGGAUCCAGGAAGAGAAACCGUAGAAGCAAAGCUCAACCCUUGCAGACGAGGUCAGCUCAACCACAGAGUACAGUCUUGUUUUUAAAGUCUUGUAUAAUAAAAAUCAAGAUCAAACCGUCUGUCUAUCGGUUUUCCACCCCCUGGAGAGAUCUGGGUUUCUGGUCCCUGAGGUUCUGCAUGACACUGUUUUGGAAUCUAACUCAUGAAAACCUCCACCAGCCAGUUAUCUCCAUCAGCACAGGGUGUGGAGGUGUCCUCUCAGAAGAUGACUCACUAUCCUGGUUGGUAGUGGACAUGUUGAGGGGCAGGCAUUGCUUUUCUCUCGCUUUAAACGCUGCUGAUACUGGUCAUGGUAUUUCGCCCUAUCAAUCUAGGACACGCAGCUUUGUCAGACACUUACGCUGCCUUCCAGUUGUACUCGGAAGUCGGAAUUUCCGAGCUUCGAGUCGGGAAUUCAUCUGGAACGCCCCCCUGAAGACCAACCCUGACUUGAAGACAAUGUCAUGAUCCAAGAUGGCAGCGCAGUGCAUCAACAAUAAAGAGUAACAUUGAAAGCUCUCGAAUGUAAUAUUUAUUAGCACUUCUGUUUUGUUUUUGUCAAAUUAAUUAAGUGGUACAUGUUGUACUGCCCAACGUCUAACUGUGGACACGAUGCUAUGGUGUUUGUAAGAGUAAAAUACUGUGAUAAACAACAUCUAUCAAUGGGUAACUGUAGGCGUCCAUCUUGGUUUUCCGACUUGUUUACUGGAAUGCCGUCAACCCAGGUCCGACAUCUGACUUUCGGGGUCACUGGAUCGAGCAUUAGUCAUCUAGAGCUGCAGAUCACUUGCUCUACAUCUGCUGGGUUGCUCACUUCACUGUUUCUUUUGAGACAAGACAACUUCAGCCUCCUACUGUUUCUCGAUUUAGCUCCCCCCAGUUUGAAUUAUUUGCUUUGGUAGAACCCCGCAGAGUGAGCUUUCAUUACCAUCCCAACUUUUCACUUUCUAUUUGCACUAAAUCUGCAAAGAUCCGAGGAACACAUGCUGCUUUAGAGCCACGCUCUUUGUUCUAGGACACUUAAAAAGCCACAAGUCUUCCUGCACAGUAUGAGGCCACGUCAUCCCCAAUCAACCCGUAAUUGCAAACAUCUAAAGCAAAGUUUAAGAGCGCACUUUGUAAUUUAUUCAUCAUGGGUUUAAAAAGACCGAGUUAAUCAUCGAAAAAACAAGGAAGUACUCGACCUAAUUUUUUAUAGUUUUGGCUGCGCUCUGUGGCACAUUGGUUUGGUUUUAGAACAAUGACGAGGAGGUUGAAUUACUGACUCAGUCUUAAUGGUGUUGGAGGAUGUUUGGAGGAUGUUCUGUCGCUUUACCGGAAUCAUGAUGACUGGUAAUCUGACCUCGGUUCAAAUGACCGAAUGAUGAUGAUCAUCAGUGUUUCCAGUGGGUUAAGGAGAGGGCAGGCUGCCACCAAAGGAAACAAGAGGGGAGCUCGGUCCAGAGCAGUCAAACACAGCAUCUUCAAGAGUUCAGAAACGACAGAGUCAGCAGUUGUUUCCAUGGCAAAGGACGAAGUUUGGCACGACAGGAAGUAGAUGAGUGGUACUCACUUAAGGGACUGUGUCCACUAAUGUCUGGCAGCCUUAUUUUCUAUUGUGCCAAAGGUAAUGGUUUAACUGCAGAGGGUUUCAUGUGAGCUGCACUUAAGUUUUGGAAAUCAGUGGAAAUCAAUGCAAAAUACGAGAGGAAAAUUCAAACGCUGCACCGAUUCCCAGGCAAUUAUGGUCCGGUCUGAACCAGGAACCUCUCCGCAAACUGCUGAGUCACUGUGGCCCUCAUAGAGGAUUUAUACAUCUACAGAGAUUUUUAGAUUUUUAGGUCAUAUUUAUUUAUCAUGACCAAGAAAUAUCAUGAUAGAAAUGUUAGUGCAAUAUGUAUAAAAACCCAAUCAGUCAAACUGACAAGAGUGCAGCAACUCAUUACCUGGUAGGUCUCGAUCUAGAUCAGUGGCGGCUGCUGGUCUUUCAAGGAGGGGAAGCUCAUUUUUCUGGCUUACAUCAUAAUUGUAUUUGUUUAUUAGUAUGUAACAGAACAGAGUCGCCAAACACUACGGCAGUCGUUUUUAACAAAGACAAAAGUCGCUGAGGAUCGGUAAAGUCUCUGGAGCAGUUAAGAACAACGGAAUGAAUAACUUGGAAAAUGCUCUGGUAGAUGUUUUAUUCUUCAAGAUCGCUGAUUCGCUUGUUUAGCUGUCAAUCAAAAAAGGAUUUCGCCUCAGACAGCUCAUCCAAUCAUGGAUGCAGAAGCUUGCAGUCCGGGAGAAAGUCGGGACCGCCCUCUCGCCAUAGAACUCCAGUGAAGCUGGGCUUCCGAUGGGCGGGACAAAGCCCAGCAUUUAUCCAAUGAGCGUCUAGUUUCGCUGCUGGAACAACCCACUUUAAGCUUCCACAUUGAAGUCAGCAGAAGCCCAGCGUCCGGCUGUUUAAAGCGCUGAGGCGCUGCGAGGAUGAAUGAGAACGAAGUUAUGCCGGUUACCUGUGAUUAUCAGCUUCUUAUCACAGUGUCUGAACAAAAGAUGAAGGCUUUCUAGUGCGUAUUUAAUUAAUGAAAUGUACACACAGCCGUACGUAUUUCACCACUUUUUCUUUUUUUGGGGGGGUGACAUUUUAAGGGAAGCCGAGCUUCCCUUGCAGUCUUGGAGCAAUCGCCACUGAUCUAGAUGGAUGGAAUUGUUGGAAAGUAGGUCUAUAAAAGUGCAGUUGUGGCACAAGCUCUAAACUCUCAAGAAUCUUGAAAUGUCACAUUUUAAAAUUGACGAAUCAUCCCUUCAAGAGCUGCUACAGUAAGGGGAGCAGACAUCCCUGAUUUCUAGGGACAGUCCUCGUUUUGGAUGACCUGUCCCCGGCUAAGGCUGUCCCCUGAAAUGUACCUGAUUUAAAGGGAUAUUCUGGCGCAAAAUUAAUUUAGGGUCAAACACUGUAACACCGAGUUAGACACCCCCUCGAGAGAUGAAUGUUGCCGACCGCUUUCUUCUCUAGUUAUACCAACUUUAAAAACGACUGAACGAUAGCAAUACAGCGAGCCAAGCACUCAACCAAAACGCCACAAAUAAUGC